CGUCUCCGCAGCAGCUGUUCGCACCAACAUGGCGGCGGUGCUGCUUCUGCAGGAGCUCUCAAUGUCAGCGGCUGCGGCGGCGAGGCACUUGGCGCGCGGGGCAGGAAAAGAAGCGGCAGCCGUUGCCUCCACUGGCGGCUUCGGGCCCAGGUAUAUAUAUAUUUGUCUAUAUAAGGGAAGCGGGCGCGUUGGCGGGUAGAUAGGGGAAGCGGGAGGGCCGUGGCCCCUCAUCCUCCACUGCCCACCAGCCCAGGAAUGGGAUUGGAGGUGGGACGGGAUAUGGGAUGUGUAUGUGUCUCGUUGUCCAGGUGUCGUCGUAGAGAAAGGGCGUGGAUUAAGGCCACGAGCCAGGGUGUGUGUGUGUACACAUAUACACGUGUUUAUAUGCGACAGACUUAACUGGGACGCCCCUAACCCAGCUUUGCCUUUCCCCCCUCUAGAUGCCCCUGGGAGUCUACUCGUGAGGGGGAAGCAGCUCUUCGCCUACCCCCAACUCUUAAGGGUUUCGAUUCUUUUAUCUGGCCUCCACUAUGCGCAGUUCACUGUGCGUCCAGCUGUAAACGGGGAAGAGAAUUAGCUCUCCUUUCAGAUAGAAAACAACAACAAAGAUUGGCCAAGGGGCACCUGAACAAACAGGUUUAUUGUAUGUUUUCUCUUGGCGACCUCAGCUGCGUGAAGCGUAGUGUUUGGUUGUCAGGUGCAGUCACUUGGCGCAAGGUGAUAAUUGCAAGCAGCCGGGCAUGGUGAAGGCCGUGAAAUGUAAAAGGAAGCAGUAGGUAGGCCUGUGCCUUUUUCCGUGCGGAAAGGCAGUAUAUACAAUACAGUACAAGAUAAGAACGUGCCCUUUGCAACAGCGGUCACUGUGAUGAUAGUCCUUCCGGUUUGUGUUAAUGUUGAUUUGACUUCUGUAUGGGAAAGAAGCCCAUCGUUUCAGAAGCCUGGUUUUUCCAUUCUUGUGAUGCUGAUGAUUUCUUUAUUAAUGUUGAUCUUCUGACUGAAGCUUACUUAAGAUGUGCUUUUCUCAGAACUUCCACAGUUGCAAAUCAUGUUUCCCUCUUCCUUAAAAAAAUGGUGUAAACUGUACAAUAUACAUAUGGAGAUAUUCUUGUUUUGCUUGUGGGUGAAUAGGAAGCCCACUGUAGUAACUUCUGUUGUAAGUAAACUCUUCUAUCUGUAUGGCUUGAGAGAACAUGAACAUGAAGACAUUAAAAAAUGUUGGAAUAAAUAUAUUCAAAGCUAUCUUUGUAAGGCACCUGAUCUCUUUUCACGCACACAUAUUAUUUACAGCAUGGACAAUGUCCUGUACUAUAGCUGCUUCUGAAUGACAAAUUUCAACUGUUGAGAAACUCUUCGGGGACUGGGAAGCCCUGAAUAUUAUUUUAGCGUGUGAAUAUGUGUAUAUGUACACCAUAUUUUGACCUUUCCUUUGCAUCUUAACCAAAGUCUCCCUAACACAUUCAUUGCUGAUUUAGUGGAGAAAAUAAAAAGAGUAUAUUCAUUUCAUACUGUUUAGGUUUGAUAGUUGCCUAUGAUUAGAACUUGCUACAUUUGUAGCUAAUUAGAGCUAAAGAAAGUUCACAGUUCAGACAAAUUGAACUAUACCAUAUGCUAUCAACAACCAGUUUGAGGGAGAAGCGGAAGGGAGGAGCUACAGAGGUUUUCUUGGAACUUCUAUGGAAGAAAAGUCUUACCUUUUGAAUAGUCUUUCUCUGUUUAUUUUUCUCCCUCUCUUCUCUGGGCUAAAUUUGACCCAUCUGAUUGGUUAUUGUGGUUUUUUUAAAAGUAUACUCUUUUACCUGUGGGAGGAAUAAAAUACUGUACUCCCUAAUGUCCUAUAAGGGAAAAUUGUCCUGAUCUUUUGCAGAAUCAAGCACAUUCUUCUGCACUGAUUUUAAGGCAUGCCUUACCUUACUAUAGGAUUGGGCUAUAAAGAUUUUUCUAAUCAUCCCUAACCUGUCUCAUCCAUUAUAGCUUUAUUAUCAGUUAGUACAUAUACCAGUGUUGGUUGGAAAAAUUUGCACAGAAACACUGCUGAAUAAAUAGAAGAUUUAGAUUCCUAUGCUGUUGUUUCUUAAACCAGAAAGAAGAAAUGAAUCUGCACUGGAGCAAAAUAUGAAAGAAAUUUCCUUUUGGGGAAAAACCCAAACCCCUAUACAUGGAUUCAAUGAGACUUACUGCAAAAUAAGUUUCCCAAUAAAUGUGUUUAAUGUUGGAAUGCAAGUAGUUUACAAGAGUCUUCUUAAAUAAAGGCCUACUUGUCUCUGCCUACCUCUGUCCUUUUUUAAUGAACUUCGCAGUUGUAUGCAAAUGUUUGUGUCAUUGGGAAUCAGGAUCUGAGCAGUUACAACAUUUUUAUAGUCUGAUGUUAGCAUAGUUUAAAAUGGCUACACUUCUGGACAAAUGCUUUAUGGGUUGUCUUCUGUAUCUUAGAUCUCAUUGGUAAUACAUUUUUAAAAAGAAUUCUAUAUUGAAUAUUGGAGCUUCAGUUCUUGGGUGGUCUUAAGCAGUGCUUUUUUCGGGGGGUGGGUGAUGCAGGGGUAUGCAUACCCCUAAACAUUCUGUGAAUCUUUGUACUUUGGCCCUUUUACUGUAUUUAUUUUUCCCGAUUUGAACUAUAAAAUGGUGCUUUUCUUGAGUCCAAAUGAAAGUACCACUAAACAUUUUUAAAGGAAAAAAACACUGGUCUUAAGUUAUCCUAAAAUGGGGACUUCUAGUAACAGCUUCUUUACAUUGCAUUCUUCUUCUUUUCAACCCAUUGAGACAAACAUUGAUGUAUUUAAGCGAUCUCCUUGGACCCAAAUAUCCAAUUAGUGCUACCUCAAGGCAGUAGAUCGCCCCAAGUGGUACACAGCAUCAUCUGGAAAGUGUGUCCCAGUAUUCCUUGCAAUGUUAUAAAAGGCACUUGAUUGCGUGUGCCUGCACAAUAAGUUAUAUUGUAAAGUUUCCUAAGAUGUCCAUCUCUGAUUUCAUGAUGCUUCACUGUGCCCCUAAAAAUACUGCCUCAAGCAAUUGCUUGGGUUGCUUAUGCAGUCUAGGAUUUUAACUCGCUGAAAGAAUGAACCCACUUUCACAUUUCUUUGAAUAGUGGAAAAAUCAGACACUAACGAUGUCUUAAGCCACCCUUAAUUAGAGCCUACUACCAAAUUUUGUAGGAGAAUAAAUCAAAAGCAAUGCUGGUUUUUAAAAUUCAGAUUAUAUCACAGUUCUAAUUACUGCCUGGUAUACAACAAAUUGAAAUGCAAAUAUGAUUUUUGUUGUGUUCAAAUAAUCGGUAUCACUAUAUGUUCAAUAUUCAUCUUGCAUUUUAGAGAGGCAUGACUUCCAAUUGUUUGUCUCGCUUUUGACACCUAUAUUUUUCUGGCAGAUAAACAGUCUUCUUUGAAAGAUCUAUUACUUAACCAGCCAUUGUGUUUUUCAGGAAUCUCAAGAAUGUUAUUCAUUACAAAGCACAUAUUUGAUUGUCAGUGUGAGAAACUUCCAUUCUAUUGGUAAGGUCAUUCCCUAUAUCCAAAGAGAGCUGGCAAUUUCAAGCAGUAUUUGAACUUUGUUCUUCAAUCAAUAUGAUUGGUGGCAAUACAGAUUAACAUCACAUUUUUUUUCUAGACUAAAUAAAAUUCAUUUAGUUUUAGAUAAAGCAGAAAAAUAAGUUCAGUGUUUUUUACAUGAUUCAUAACAUUGCUUAUUAUUGUACUUUAAAAAUAAAUAAAUUACAAGCCCUUAGUCAAUUUCUGAAUGAAGAAGUUGCCUCUUAUUACUUACAGGUGUUGUUUACCUCUUAUUUCUCUGUUUAAAAAGAUUUAUUUUGUCUUUUAGUACUCCUACUAAUAAUGCUGGAUGUCAAUUGCAUUUUUUGUAUGGCAUAACAGGAUAAACUCUUUGAAGUCCGUGCUUCUGAAAGAAUAAUUCUCCAUUCUGAAAAUAAGAUUAUUUUGUGUACGUAUAUUACACAAUACUUUGAGUCGAUAUAUAUCCUUCAACAGAACAGUCCUGUCCAGAGAGCAGAUGAGUUGCAACAGCCCUGUGCACAGCUGAUACUGCAAAACCUCAAAUAAAUAUAGAUAACUUGUUUUCUGUAGAGAACCAUUUAUUCAGACUCAAAACAUCAUGACCAAAUGCAGCCCCCGGUUGUGUGUACACUUGUCAACUGACUGAUUAUUGGUUUCACCUAGAAAUGCAGUGAUAUUCAUAAUUCAUAAUCUACUGUUUGUAGAUUUGUAAUUAGUGUGUAUAUAUAUUUUAAAUGGAUGUUUAAGGGUGUAGCAUGUUCAAAGUACAGUGCUUUAAAAUGCAAAUUUAAGAGCAGGGAGCAAAUUCAUAUCUGCACAUGGCAAAGCGGAAUAAGAUGUGAGAUGGUUUUACAUAGGAUAGUUACGGAUGCAGUCCUGUGCAUCCUUUUUGGGAGUAUUUCAGUUGAAGUGAUUGGGAAAGAAUUGCACUGUAAAAAAUAGAAGUAUGUUGAGGAGAUAUAUAAUGGGGCAAGUGUGUCUGGUUUGUUUUCUUUUGUGACAAACAUGGACUAGCCUGUGUGUGAAUGAUUUGUGUGAAGAGUUGCCAUUGAAUGUGUUAAUUCUUCUUGACAUUUAUAGCCACUUCUUCUGAAGUGACCAGAAGGAAAAUGGAUGGCGGACCUGCCUUACUUGCUAAAAUUCCCUCUAAAGCUCCCUUUAUGAAGUUGUUGUGAAAUUAUGCACAACUAUUAAAGGUGCCUCUUUUGCAUCUGCUCACACUUGCUUCUUCCUAUUUGUUAUGCUGUUAUACUUCACACAGAUACACAUAAUUGGUUUGUUAAAAAUAUUUGAAUAAUAAGUUCGUAAGAUAAUAUGGCUUAUUAAUGGCUUUGGUCUAAAUUGUUAAGUAAAUGAUUAGUUAAUAUAUGCUUUUUCAGAACUAUUGCUAAGGCAGUUGGGGCCACCAAGCUAGUGACCAUUGAAAGAUGAAAGUGAUAAAAUCCCAUAUGGGUGAUAUCCAGUUGUGGCUUUUUGCUUGUUCCACUCAUGAAAACAGGAAUUUUCUUUUCUCUCCUCCUAUUGCAUGCCCCCCAGAUCUGCUCCUGAGAAUGGGGAGACACCCUGGGGGGUAGAAGGUGGUGGCAGGGGGCAUGGAAAGAGAAGAGCUAUUGCAUACACAAAUGUGAUGUUAUAUUUUGCCCUUAUAGUUGUACUGUGCCCUACGUUAUUGUAAGUUUUCUUACUAAAGGCGCAAACUCCUUUGAUCAGAAGUGAGCAAACUCGUUAACAAUUAAUAAGUGAAUGAGGUCAGUGUUGAUCGUUUUUCACAAUAUGACUUUUAUUAAUUACUAGGGGGAGAUAACUAGUUGCACAUAUAAACAGCAGCCCUUGUACUAGCUAUUUGAAACUGUUCCUUUGACUUUGGGGGACAACUGGCAGCACAGAAAUGACUCUUGGGGUGUCUUUUGUAACAGGCUUACUCCAAGCAUUAGUAGAAAUCUACAUUUCUAACGAAGGAGAGGGCCUUUUUCACAGUGGCACCAUGUCUUUGGAAUGCCCUUCCCAAAGAAACAUGCCUGGUGCCAGUGUUACAGGUUUUUCAGUAGUACAUGAAUGCUGUCCUACUUGUGUAGACAUUUUAGAUAAUUUCUGGAUUUUAUCUCCAUUCAGUUCUUUUAGUUGUUGUUUUUUAAAUUGUCACUUGUUUCAUUGUGUUUUAUUUGUUGAUUGUAAACUGUAUUUGUGCCGUGAAUUAGUUUUAUUCACACUUUUUUGUUUCAUUCUGAGAUGUCUUGUUGAAAGAAGGUUUAAGAAAUAAUUUAAGUAAAAUAAAUCAAAAUUGGAGGAAGAGCAUCUGCAACUUGGUGGCAAAGUACAUGCUUUGUAUGCAGAAAGUUCUAGCCCCAGUCCUUGACCACUCCGGUAGGACUGUGAAGCAUUAGCAUCUGAAACUGGGGAGCUACCAGUCAGUGUAGACACAACUAAGCUAGAUUUGACUGUAUAAUUAGAAUCAUGGAGUUGGAGGAGACCACAAGGAUCAUCCAGUUACACCCCCUACAAAUUUGGAAUAUGCAGCUGUUCCUUACAGGGAUCAAACCUGCAACCUUGGCAUUCAUUAGCACCACACUAAUUAUUAAUUAUUAAUUUUUUAUUAUUUAUUUGAUUUAUAUACUGUCCCUCAUCAAAAGAUCCCAGGGUGGUGUACAACAUUUAGAACACAUUAAGUAGCUUCUAUAUCAUGAUGUUCCAUAUAACUAAAUUCAGUGUUGCUGUUUUUGGCAACUUAUUUUACUUUCUGUAUGUUAAUAAACUUUCUAUAAGGCUUAUCUUCCGUAACUAUGCCACUCAUACACAUUUUAAAGUUUGAAGAUGAUGUACCUGUCUUGUUAUCUGGAAGGUGCUGCCCCCCCCGCCCCCUUAACUAAUUUAUAAAAUUCAGAAGGAGUUUGGAAAAGUAGAAUAUCAUAGCCUUUCCUGAACACAGAGGUGGGUUGUGGAACGUUAGCUGUUUCAUUCCUCGCAGUUCUGGAAUUAAACCCUUUGACUUUUGUACUACUUUGUGAUAAUAAAAGCACACUUGUUAUUUACUGCGGCUUUUGGUACAAUCUGAAUAUAUUUGUGUGGGGAGACAUUUGACAUUUCAGAAAACACUGGCAGGGCAGAACUUAGGUCACCUGUGGUUUUUGCAAAUUUGUAAUCCUUCCUCCCCCAGUCGUCUCCCUGUUCCCACCAGCCACCCACAAAUACAGAAUUCCAGUACAGUACUAGUCAGGAGCUAAGGAGAUGCUGCAUGGGCAUAAUUACUGUUCUGUUAGAUUUUGUAUUCCUUCUUAAGCUGAAAAGUUGUUGUUGUUUUGCUGCAGCAGUUAUUGGAACCAGCAUCGUGGUCUACCUUGUCCGGCCUAGGCAGCAGUUCCUUGGCUAGUUAUCAGUGGGUGACUCUUUCUUUCAGCAAUUUUGUUAUCAAAUUACUCAUUUUCUUAAGCAAUUGUAUGUAUAAAUAGCACUCUGAUUGAUCUAAUUUGGCAUCUGAUGCUACGGAAGCGUGAAGAAAUCACUUUUUUCACUUGGAGUUUGAUAGCACCAUUGGUUGUGAUCAACAUUGGGGGGCUUCAGUUGUAUUUAUCCAUUUGUAACGCUCAUAUGAAAUGCCUAGUAGUUGUUCAUUUCCUAAAUCAUGUUUUUAUUACCUAAAGGGUCAUGAGUUCAAUUUGAAAAGACAGGUGAACUUUCUGUAGUAAUUGGCUUUGAUACAUGAUACCAAGUAGCUGCCUGACCUUUGGCUAGUAAUGUUAAAAUUAGUUUUAUUUUGGUUUUUAUUCAUGUACCAAAUGAGUGGCAUCUGUGUUUCCAAGACAAUGUUGUUGCAGGAGACUGAUAUAGUGAAAUCACCUGUCCUUGUCCGGACAUAAUGUCAGGUAACUUUUUUCUCCAAGUUGAGUUCCUCUAUGUGUACUAUCUAUCCUUUUGAACAUUUUCAUUUCAGAUCUGUGUUUCAAAUUCUGUUUAUCUACAAUAUCUUUAGUUUAGGGUACAAACACAAUUAUUUUUAGAUAUUUAUAAAUAUAACAUAGUAAAGGUCACUUGCCCUGUUUCCUGUGUUGAAUAAAAUUGUCUCUAGACAGGAAAAGUUAUGCAACAUAGAAAAGAGCUUGAUUUUUCUAUCUCUUUUUCCCUGUCAAUAUGUCACAAAAUAAAUAUUUCAUAGCACUUCCUAGGCAUGUAGUGGCUUGUCUGCACAAAUUUAACUGUGGAAAAUUAAUGCAAUUAAUUCUAGGAAAAUUAGCAGGAUUUAAAAACUGCCAGAUAAGUAGUAAAUGUGUAUAUUGUUAUGGGGGGGGUGUUUGGUUUGUUCAUUUUAUGAGAUGUAUUUUGUGUUUUCAUUUUAUACUUUAAUGGUGGAAGCGGCCCUGUGGUGUUAGGAUCAAACAAACAAACAAAAGCAGUAGAGAAACGGACUGGUGUUCUUUGAUUGAAAUAAAUUCCAUACAUUGUACAGUGUACCCCCACCCUCUCUGAAUGUAACUUCUUUGAAUGAAAAUCCCACUGGAUAUUUCCAGGUCUUGAAGGUUUUGAUUCAGCUGAUAGCUAUAUUUAUUUAUGGAGAAACACACAGCAUAAUGUAUUUAGCAGCAAUCUUGGUUUCCUGGGUCUUGACAGCAGUCAGUCAACUCCUGUGGUCCUGAUCAGCUGCAGCUAGAGGCGAACACCAUCAAUCACCUACAAAAACACUGCGGUCCAGGGACCACCAACCAUCAUCACUUCUGUCUUGUUUUUAUUCAGAGUGUAAAUCCAUGAACUAUGACUUUCACUCACUUGUUUAAAGUGGAAACUGCAUCUCCUCAAUUUGAAGAGCAGUAGUUUUGAGGGUACCCCAUGCAGCGUUUGAAGGCUGAGCACCAGUCGAAUUUUGCGAUUGGCAGUCGGACUUUUGCGACUGGAUGGAGAUGUCCAGGGGCUGCCCUUGGCACCUUGCAUCUCCACCUGCCUGGCUGCAGUCAUCUGGUCUGCCGGGCACAGCGGCAGCAAAAGACACGCCUCUUUUUCUGCAGCACAACCCUUGGCAAACAUCUAAUUCGGCCAGCCGCGCAGCAGCAAAAGAUGCACCAUUUUUUACUGCCAUGCUGCUGGAGGAAUCAGAUGUUUGGCAGGGUAGAGCGGUAGCAAAAGACGUCUCUUUUGCUGCUGUACUACCCUGCUGACCCCCUGAUUCGCCUGGCAGCGUUUUUUUUCCUCCUUUUUAUUUAUUUUGCUGUGGGGCUGCCUGGUCUGAUAGCAGAGCAGCAAAAAAAAGGUGCCUAGACAUUUUGUCCUAAAUCCCAGGAGCCACAUGGCUCCUGGCAUUCCUAUCCCAUUUUCUAACACUGAUAAUAUUAACAGCCUUGCACAGAUGUUAUUGGCAAAGAAUGGAACUUGAAGGCAUGCUGAAGAUUGGCUGUGCUUGCCUUUUGAGAAUAUUUGAUCAAAAAUGUAAUAGAACCACGUCUAGCUUGCACAGAUGGGCUGCAUUCUCCCUGAAGCAGCAGGUGCAUAGCGUGCGGGUAGUUCUAAUCCUCACUUGUCACUCUCUUUAGAUUUACAGAUGGCCACAGUGGCAGGAAUUGCCUUUUGGUAGCUUUGGCUAGUUAGCCAGUUAUUUGGCCUUUUCUGGAGACGAUGGUCUUGGUGUCAGUAACUCAUCCUGUAGUAGAGUAUGACUAACUUGUGGCCCUCCAGAGGUUGAACUUGCAACUCCUGUCAGGCCCAGCAACAUUUGGAGGGCCACAGAUGAGCGGUCACCUCUGCCUUGGUUACUUUCAGAUAGUGCUGUAUUGCUGCAAUGUAGGGAUGCUUUUAAAAACAGUUCUAUAAGGUUCAGUGAGUGCAAAAAUGGUUCUGCCAAAUUAUUGUCUGGGUUUCAGCAGUUGGAGCAUGUAUCUAAACUGAUUUUGUUUCCAAGCUUGAUUUAAAGAGCUGGUUUGUGCCUUAAAGCCCUAAACAGCUUAAGAGCAGGCUAUUUCAGAAAGUGUCUGCCCUCCCACCUACCUGCCUGAUCCUUGGUUGUGUGGCCCUGCUUUCUGCCCUGUUCUUAUGUAAGAUAUGAUAGCACCAUCUUAUUGCCCCUUUUUUCUUGUGAUUCUUAUUAUGUCCAAACUUUUAAGAAGAGAAUGUACCACUUGCCUGAAAUUCUGGCUUUAUCUUGUUUGCUUCACUUUGGGAGCCAUUCAGAUAUAUUUUCUUUAGCUUUCUGGAGUUCACAAGGCAGCAUGUGCGACACUCUUAGCUAUUUUCUUCUAAUAAACGGAACUUUGUGAGUAGCCUUAAAGUUCAUUUUCAGUCGGAAACAACUGGGAUAGUCUCUGCUUUGGAAGCUUGCUUCGCUUUGUUAAAAUAUCGCACAUCUGGGUAAGCCUGAUUUCUAGUCAUUAUUAAGAAUGAUGUGUUAUAACCAAGAUAAAAUACUAGUUAGGUUUGCAUGCUUGAAAGUGCUCUCAAUUAAUCACCACAGUUUAAAGUAUAAGCUACUAGAAAGCUAAUAUUGAGGAAGUAAACUAUUUUUUUGCUUUCUGUUUGAUGGUUAGCGUCUUGUGGGAGUGGGACAUACUGUCUUUCAAACUUGUUCAAAUUACAGUCAGACCAAAUAGCUGACUUUCAAAAAUUGUGAUGCUCAUGUAGUGGUGGAAUCUAUGCCAGCAAGGCAGCUAUGGCACCUCAUAAACUCAAAAUAUAAGUUGCAUUUGGAAGUCUUGCUUGCUUUGUGAAUUAUGUAACUGCUUCAGAGACAAUUCAAAACUUAAAAGGAGUCUGGUUUUUAAAUUCUGUCCGUAGUAAACUUGCUGAUCUGAUGUUUCCCAAAGAGGAGUGGGAUGGAAGUGAAAUAGAUGGACAUUUAUAAUGCUCUGUCUUGCUUUUUAAGGUAAACAAUAAAACAUAAUGAGCUGUACUGGUAUACAGUAAAGUGGCAUACAGUGGCAUACAGUAAAUUAAUAAAAACAAUAGACAAUAAAAAAGAUGAAGUCUCGAGCUUCAUCUUAAAAAAAAGUGUGUGCUUGGAAUCUUUCAUUUAUUUAAUGAAUAUUGAUAACUACAGUUGAAGACAAUGGGUUGGAUCCAAAGAACCUUGAGAAGGAAAAGAGCUGCCACCGCUUUCCUCACAUGUUUGAGCAAGAAUUCGCAUAGUGAUAUGAGAGGUUAAUUCUGUAGCAGUUCUGUUUCCUUCUGCCUACACAAGAGGCUAUGCAACCUCUUUGAAUUCAGUUGAAUUUUCUUGCACAGCGUUCCCAUUGCAAAAUGUCAGUCCUUUUGUCCAGCGCAAGGACAACUUUUGGAUCCAGCCCAGUGUUUGGCCUAAUAUACUAACUGAACCAUAGAAAUGACAUGAAUCAUUUUUCUGGGACAGAUCUUUAGAAGUCAGUUACAGUGGCUAUUUGUAGAUAAAUGUGUACAUCAGAGAAAUGUUGAACAGGGCCUAGGCAUUAAUUCAGAAUCUGUGUCUUAACUAGUCUCAGGAGUGUUCUUUCAUUUAUGAUCCUGCCUUGAAACUUCCACUGCAGUUUGAAUUGUUUGGAAAGGGACUAAUGAGUUUAAGUCCUCUGAUGCUUCAUUGAGGUUCAGAGUUCCAGAGGAGUCGCAGUAGCUUUGCAUUUUUUUCCUGUUUGUUCGUGACAAACCAGCUACUGUACUUGCAUAGAGUAGUACAGUCCUUGCCACUGGCAGUCUCUGUGUGACAGAGAGCCUGUAGGCUGACAUAAAGUGCAGCCUGUUGUGAACUGCUAAGUGAGAGUCUGCCAAAAACUCAGUAGACAGAACUAAUUGGGGGGUGGCGGGAGGUGGGUGGAUUUUUGAGCCCUCAUUUCUCUCCCCUUUUUUUACAAGAUGGAUAUUGUUAAAGUAACUUGUUUAUGUAAGAUUUGUCUGCCUCUAUUUUCUCAUUGCAUGAAUCAUUUUUUAACUUCAAGUCUUGCACUGCAGGUCACUGAACACUUCCACAUGGCGGCUGGCACAGGACCAAGCUCAAGACACGCAACUCAUCACAGUUGAUGAAAAAUUGGUAAGGGCUUUCUGCUGCGUAUGCUGCCUUGAGGGUUGUUUCUGUGUAACAGGUAUUCAGUCCUCCAUAGUGUACUGGAAAAAGAGUGUAACUGCCGAGUAAAAGGCCUUUCUUGACUAAAAUGGGUACCUUGGUAAAUCAUAAAAGUCAUAAAAUAGGAUAGGAUAGAAGAGUUGGAAGGGAUCCUGAGGAUCAUCUAGUCCAACCUCCUGCAAUGCAGGAAUAUGUCUUCAGGAAAAAAAGUGUGCACUGAGAUAUGCAAGAGUUUAAAAUACAAAAUUAUGCAUCUUGACUACAUUCAUGUUGACUAAAUUGUGGUUAGGAAGCAGUCAAAAACAUUUUUAAUGUGACAUAUUGGAAUCUGCCCACUUCCCUGUUAUACAUGAAUGAUUUACAAACACUUCUUAAAAUUAACUGUUGGGUUGUCUCAUUUUAUCGCAAUACAGUUUAAAGAAGCCAUGUAAAUUAAUUGUAAGCUGUGUUCAUACACCCUGUUUUAAAUAUGCAUGAAGGAUUGCAAUUAGAAACAACUGUGUAGCAUUCUUUUGCUAAUCAUUACCAGAUCAUAAUUUUGGCAGCCUUUAAGUUCUAACAUAUUGCAGCGUGUGGUCCAUCACUAGUACAGUGAUGCAACCUGAUAUUUAUGCUUACAUUAUACAAUGGCCUGACUUUUGUUGUAAAGCAUCCAAGACUCCUAGUGGGAAUGUCAUAGUUAAAAGAAUAAUUUUCAUUGACAAUUGUAUCAUGUUUGAUUUUUGGAGAUGGAAAAUGGUAAUAGAACCCCCUAAGAAUACAUAAGUUGUAGUGUGCUUACCUUUGAACAUUGCGAGAACGUACCUCCUUGAAAGCAAAUGGCAGUGGCUGAACAAGUGCUUGGGAAAACUUGCAGUGCUACCUUAAUUAAACAGGGUGGUUAUUGAAGGAUGUAUCCAGCCCCUCUUAGCAAGUGCAGAGCUGCAUUCUGGGGGGAUUCCCAGCUCAUCUAUGCAUUCAGGAGCAUUUCAGGGUAUCAGGGUGGGGAUCAGUUGUGCUCCCCCUUUUCAAUAAUGCCAUUACAAUUAAUAUUAAAUAAAAUGAAACUUUCCGAUUGACUUCUUCAGUGACAUUAUCUAGCAAUAUGAAGAACAAUUCUUGGUGCAGAUUUUGUUGAAAUGCUUGGUCAUUGUGUGGGAGCACACUUAAAUUCAACUGCACUUUUUUGUAUUCUUUAAAUAUAGCAGAAUAUUUUAUAUGUAAGACAGCCUGUGUAAGUUAAGUUCAUCUUACAGGUAAAAUGCACUCUGUGUUAACCCUAGAUACAGAUUCUGCAUAUUCUGCAUAUUUUUACAGGUAUUUUUUGUUAAAUGAAUUAUUUUCCCCCCUAAAAUAAUAAUACUUGUUAUCAAUCAGUCCUUGUAAAGCUUGUAAAGCUAUUGGGGGGGGGGAUUCUCCAAGCUUCUUAGAAUUAAAUAUGCCUGUUCUAAUUUACCCCUUGCCCUCCCUAGCCUAUUUGAACUUCUAGUCACUUACAAGGAUCAUUUGAAGUACGGCUAGACUAGUCUUCACUGAAUUUAGAAAUGUGGACCCUGAAUGAAUUAACGAUCUAUAAGAUCAUUACAAAAAGUUCAGUUUGUGCUUCUGUGGCAGACUGAACUUUUGAUGUUUGAUGAUGAAAAAUAAAUUAAUGCAAUCCAGUUUUAAGAAGUCUUAAUGUCAACACCCACAGCAAUGAGCCACAAAUUUGCAUCGUGUCCAUUUAAUGUGAUAAAAUUUAAUAACCCAAACUCUGGUUACUCGUAUAUACUUUGAGACUGACUCUGUAACUUCCUUAACUUCAAUCAAAAUUAUUGAAAUUUGAAUGGACAACCCUGCAAAUUUCUUCCUCUCUUGCCACUAGUCUUCUAGCUCAGUGGAGCAGCUUUAAUAUUAUUUCACACAACCCCAACCUCUCAGCAGUGCGAGAUUCUAGGAGUUCCAGCCACUCACCCAGGGUCCCUGUUUCCUUUUGGAAAUGAGGCACGGUAAAGACUCUGGUGUCUGUAUGAUAUAUGGUUUAUUUACACAUAUAUACAAGCUGAGCCCCUGUGUUGGAGGGGCUCCCACCAUUGCACUCCAAGAGGGUCUGGUCUCUCCCAUAGCUGCAGCCUUAGAUUCAAACAGAAAUCAAAGAUAACUCUAAAACAUGGGUCUGACCCUCUCUCCAGCUUGCUGCAUUUUACCAUCUGCAGUAUCACUGCAAAAACUCCAUUCUAAAAUCUCCAUUCCACUCUUCAAAAACUCUUCUUUUCGUCUUCUACCUGACUCAGAGCUGGAGGAGGGGCCUCUCCCAUCUGUCUGCUUUUAAUGGUCCAUCUCCCAAGGCGAUUACUUCUUCAGGAAGCCAGCCUGGCUUAUAUUUUAACAUUUGCUGGGUCCAGGGGUUAAGAACACCCACAAACUCGAGCACCCACCAACUUAUAACUAUAUCUAUAUACUUCUAUCCAUCCAUCCAUAGAGACAGACACACGGUUCAUAAUACUGGUUAAUCAUGAGUUUUUCUGGCAAAGGGGCUGCCCUUAUUUCCUCACCUUUGAUUGCUGAAAUGGGAUACUAUGGAUUAAUUUGACUGCAUCAUGUUUCAGUGGAGUUGACCUUUAAAUGUGUUUCUUAAAUUUGAAUGCCCUUAUGGUGACAUUGAUAAAGUCUGCAAAAGAAAUAGGCAAAAUAUUGUAGUGAUUCCUAGACUGGGAGACAGAAUGUGGACAUUUGCAGAGGAUAAUUUAUGUGGGUGAUACAUACUCAGCUUAAAUGAGACACGAAGAAGCCCUCAAUAUAGCAGAAUAAAUACUUUCAAAAAGAUUCCUCGCUUAGCCUUGCCACAGAUGUUUUUCCUACAUCUAAACAGUCAGAUCUAAAGCAUGGGUCCUUCUGUAGCAUCCUGAGUUUGUGGCCUAACAGCAACACCAGGUGAACCAUCCAUGGGUUGAAUUCCAAAGGUCUGGAGUUUAUCCUGAGGAGCUGAUAUCUAUAGCUUGCCAGCUGAUCUUGGCUGACAUUAUAAAAUUCAGGGUGAGAGGUGGCCCCUCUAGGCUUUGUCUAUGUUGGGAAAUUGCCCUGUUGCUGACGUGAGAUGUCAGCAGUGGUCUCCCUUAGUGAAACUUAAAAUGAUUUAACUUCUACCAUAUGAAACAAAAUUGGUUCCAGUACUAUUAUAGAAAUCCUGUUUCUCCUUUUAUAAAGUUGUGUGUGUCGCAUAUAGUUCUCUUAAACUUCAGUAAUCUCUGCGGUGUUUCUGCAUGAGCCCUCGUGCCUGUUAGUCCACUCACAUUCUGAUUUGUUGAGUUGUAAGUAUUGCUCUUCCAGAUCACUUUGCAGCUCAAAAACAGGAAAAUAUAAAAGUAGCUGUCCUAAUUUGUCUGUAUGCUAUAGCAAGAAAUGCUUAAUCCAGUACGUAAGUACCACAGUACUAUUGUUAAUUAAAUAAUAAUAAUAAUACUAGUGGCAAGUUGUUGCUGGCAAGGUUGGCAUAAUAAUAAUAAAUACUGCAACUCUGAUUGUGGGAUUCCUGGUCAAAAUGAGUCAACUUCCUAAAGAUUUCCAGGUUGGUAUAAGAUGCCAUUUGUCCCCAUUCCAGUUGGGCUUUGUAUAUUGGAAAGAAUAGGAGAAACUUAUCCUAAACCGGCAGACUUCAUUCAGGACAAAGGAGUAGCAGGAAUCUUCCUACCCUCCCUCCUCUCCCAUAGAGUUGAAGGGACCAAUGUUAGUCAUAAUGAACUGUAGAGAUGUAAAUGGGGUAGAAUUUAAAGGAGCUUUAGAGAUAUCUUGUACUUUUAAUGUCCUCAGUGUGGUUCGGAGCCAUACUUCUCACAUUGAGAGUCUGGCUGCUCCUAAGAGAGGUACCCUGGGGGUAAUGUAAAGUAGACUCAUCCCUGGCCCAAAAGACACGGACUGGAGUAGAAAGUAUUGUUUCAUUCUCUCCCAGUCAGGGGUCAUGUGCCCACCCACUUCUUCAAGUGGUAGUAGUGAAGGACCAGCAAUGCAACCCUUUAUUUUUCAUGGUCUGUUUUGUUUCUGCAGGGAACCUGAAAGCAUCUCUGUGAUCCCUGUUUGCUCCUUUGAUCUGCUUGACCUCAGACUGGAGAUAACUGAAUGCUGCCAGCUGAGCUGUUUGUCUUUACUUUGUGCUGGUUACGCUUGGAGGCCCAAAUAAUUCUUUUGAGUUAGGGAUGGCUCUCUGGGACACAGUUUUAAGACCUCUUGUAGAUAAUGCUAUGGAUACUUCAGUAUCUAUUCUGGAGCUUAGUGAUAUUGAAAAUUGUGGUCAUUGUUGUAAGGUUGACUUGUGGAUUUCGUGGUCAGUUCUUGAACUGAUAACACAAUAGUCCCAGUGCAAUCUUAUGUGUGUCUACUCAGAAGAAAGUCUCAUUUAGUUCCAUAGAACAUACUCCAAGCAAGUGUGUAUUUCUGCACGUAAAUGAAUUAGAAGAGUAAAUAUUCACUGUGGGUAUCUGCAGUCAGACUUUUACCACAUGCCCGUUAACCUAGGGGGCAUGCUACAACCCCCAGAUUGCUAGCCAUGAUAUCAGUAUUGUUUUUCAAGAACUCUGUAUGAUUAUGAGUUAGUAGAACACCAGCCAGUAACAGAAGAACUCAGUAAAAUUAGAAAAUACAGGUUGGUGUUUUGAGGGAGCUGGAGGUCUGCUUAGCUGAAGAUUUGAAGCAUUCAAAAGGAACAGAGUUUGAAAUAUACAUUUCAUUUUUAAAUUUCUUUUAACAUUGACUUUCUAGCUGUCACUUCAGAAUUGCUGGUAAUAUAAGGCAUUGUACAAUAUUUUGCAUUCAGUUAUAACAUUUGUUACUGCCAAUACCUCAAGCAGUAUGUUUAACAGUCUGAUGUACUAAUGGCCUAAAAUUGAUUCUUACAUUUAACUCAGUACUUCUGUAUUUCAAGAGUGUGUUUCAUUCCUGUUAUAGGAUUUCCUGUGGUUAGGGGACAUCAUUGGGUCUUAAAAAUGAAUGCGAAUGAAAACUGGUAUAGAUAAAGAUGGUCCAUUUUGGAUUGGGCAAGUAGGCUAAUGGUCUGAUCUGGUAUGUUUGUAAGUAAUGAACAGAUUAAUGAAUUGCAGUUAGGAAUUAAAUAUAAUAAGAGCUACCUGAAAAUGGAGAAUACAGGAGCAAAGGAGAACAUUUCCACAGAGUUCCUAAAAAAUUCUUUUAAGACUGGUAAGAGAGAUGAAUGUUUAGUUGACAGACAGAAUAGCACACUAUGGUUCUUAAGCUGAAACAGGACUUGUAGUGCUAGACAGAUUUACAUAUUCCCUGGUAUGUUAGGAAUCCCGCAAGAUUUAUCUUAUUUUAGUAAAUGCAUGUCUUACCUUUCCACCUGGGGACACCCUUGGCAACUAACAAUAUAAAAUACCAAAAAAUUACACUCAAGUAAAACUUUUAAAAAACAUUUACAAAUGAAUAGUUGAAUAGCAGAUAAGUACCAAAACACACCAGCCAGUUAAGUUUUUUUAAAAAAAUUCUGCCAAAAGAGGCAGAAGAGGGCAAAACAUGGAUCUUCCUUGGUAGUAAAGGUAAAGGGACCCCUGACCAUUAGGUCCAGUCGUGGCCGGCUCUGGGGUUGCGGCGCUCAUCUCGCUUUAUUGGCCAAGGGAGCCGGCGUACAGCUUCUGGGUCAUGUGGCCAGCAUGACUAAGCCGCUUCUGGCGAACCAGAGCAGCGCACGGAAACGCCAUUUACCUUCCCGCCGGAGCAGUACCUAUUUAUCUACUUGCAUUUUGACGUGCGUUCGAACUGCUAGGUUGGCAGGAGCAGGGACCGAGCAACAGAGGGUUUCACAACUUGGUGCAGCUCCAGAGCAGUCUCUUUAAGAUUUACCCCACAAAUGUGCCCCUAAUAAAGAAACCUCCUCUACUAAUCCAUCAAGUGUCCUGACCACAAAUGAUUUAAGCCUUUAAAAGUAAUAGUUAGCACUUUGAUUUGAGUCUAGAAAUGAAUCAGUAACCAUCUGGAACCACAAAGGAUGGGCAUCUUAUGUUAGGCUUCCCUGUAAAUGGCACUGAUAGCUUAGAUUAAGUUUCGACAUAGGGAGUGUGUUGUGAUUAUGCAACUCUCCCUGGGGAUCUUAUUGAGUGAUAACAUAGAAAUAUCCAUAAUGAUUUUUUGAUAUAUAUAUUUUUUGCAAAUAAGCUCCCAAAAUGUUAGUAACCCUCCUAUGUAUAUGUCCCUGAGAAAGAGAGACGGGGUCUGCCAAACUACUCACCAGGAAGAAUAGUUAACCUGGGCAAGUAGCCUGAUGAGAAACUUGGCUUACUCUUUAUUGGCUUACUCUUUAAAAAUACUACCCAGCGACAUCUUUUCGUUCAUGCAAGGACUUCCGCUUCAAUGGAACUUCUCCUUCCACAGCAUCCCCCACCCCCCAAUCUGUUUGGGUUUUUAGAUUGCGGGGGUGGAAAAGGAGGGGGAGAUUGCAGGCAGAAGUCCUUGGGCGAACAGAGUGACUUCGUUGGACAUGACUCUUUGCUAGGAAUGUCUUGGAUAAAUCAAAGGUCUUAGUUUUAUAAUGAGCUGCCAUUACGAGUUUGGAAUAAAUUAAAAAGAACCAAGCUGAAAGGCAUCCCUUGUAAUCUUUUAUAGACAUAACAUGUCCUAUAACAUACUUUGGAUGAAAUGUGCUUUAACUCUUGCUUGUCCUCCGUCGUGAGAUAUACGAAAAGGACUGGAUUCCUGAUUCAUAUUCAGCAGAUGAAGUAGGCUGGAGGAAAAAUCCAUGUUUAAAAGGCAGGGCCUAAACAUAUUUCAGGCUGCUGUAUUUGCAUUUUUGUUAUUGGAGAUACCUUCCCUAAUCUAAACAUAACCUUGUCUUUGCUGGCUCAUGAAAACCUAAAUCCUAAACACAUAUCAGUAGGCUUCUGGCACAAGCAAGCAAUUUUGCGCAGUUACUGAAAUAUCCUCUCAAAUGAAUUGUUCAGUGCUUCCUAACUAUGCUGAAAACUCCAUUUGUGGGAACAAUGUUCCAGCAUUGUACAAGCAUCCUAGAGGCAGCCAAUUCUUCUGUACAGAGAUUCCCCAGAGUGCCUUCCCCACAGGACAGGCUCAGGCCUUAUCUGCAGCUUACAGUGGUACCUCGGGUUAAGUACUUAAUUCGUUCCGGAGGUCUGUUCUUAACCUGAAACUGUUCUUAACCUGAAGCACCACUUUAGCUAAUGGGGCCUCCAGCUGCCGUUGCGCCGCCGGAGCAUGAUUUUUGUUCUUAUCCUGAAGCAAAGUUCUUAACCCGAGGUAAUACUUCUGGGUUAGCAGAGUCUGUAACCUGAAGCGUCUGUAACCUGAAGCGUAUGUAACCCGAGGUACCACUGUAUUCUGUGCUCCAAGACUUGUGGUUCGCCCCAUUUAGCUGCUGAAGACUAGUUUCACUCUCUCGUCUCCAUCCAAAUAUAUUCUUACAGCUAGUUCCAGUUCAAAGCAUAGUUGAAGGACAGCUGUAUCUUGGACGCAGGCAUUGGAAGGAUUAUAACUGCCAUGUGACCAAAGCUUUCUGUUUAAACUGAAGGUUAAUGUCAUUGACAGGAGGAAACUUGUCUUCUUUGACCUUAACAAUAUAGGAACUGGUUUGUUUGUUUUUCAUACACUCACAAAAAUUGGUUGAAGAGAAAUCUGGAAAAAUUGCAGUGUUGCUUAAGAUAGCUGUCAAAUAUCCUGAAUUCUUGGCACCAUUCUUACUGAUAGGAUAGCAUUCUUUCUUUGCUGACCAGUUGACAGAAUCAUUAUAUGCCGACUUGCAUUUACUCUGGCAAAUUUUAUUUCAAGUGUGUUAUGACCACAUGAGGCCCAGUUAUCUGAGCUGCACUCCGACUUUGAAGCUCAGUGAUUAUUCCCCACUAGAAUUUAAUUGUUCCUCGGCAUCUACCAAUGAGUCCUAACUUUUUAAUAGAAUUGACUCUCUUAAUAGGUUCCAGUGCCACCUUGUCAACAUACAACCAUAGAAGCUGGCUUAUACAUUGAGUCAGUCCGCUGAUCUAUCUAGCUCAGUAUUGUCUCUGUCAGUGGGACCCACCUUUAAUCCAAACAUCCAUUUAGGGAAUGCUGUUCUAGUUUGAAAAUCAUGUAUUUGUGUUGCAGUUGUACUGCUGUUACAACCCACUUUAGAUAAGGCUUCAGCCUGGCAGUGGGCCCUUAUCCACCAGUUCUGGACCAAUGCUCUACAUUGACUGACGGCAACUUUCCAUGGUUUCAGAUAGGAUCUUUCCCAGCCAAUACAAGGGAUUUAAUCUGGAAUUUACUGCAUGUACAACAUGUGUUGUGCCACCAAGAUAUAAUUCAUAGGGAGCUAUGGUUAGCACAGCCCAACAAAUCCUCAUCCAUUCUUCAUGUUUUUUUCAACCUACCCCAAUGAAAUUGCAGUUUUUAUUAUAGGGAGGUGUUUUCUAGGGAAAAUAUGGCGGCUUUCUUACUUUAUUUGCUGGUUGCUUGAUAUGCUGUGUCCUAUUAGUACACUCUUCCUUGGACUAAAGGACAUAACCAUUCUUUUUGUUUACAACAACAUUAAUGUUUUCUAUUUCAAACAUUUGAUUUCUUCUCCCACCCAUCUUUUCCAAGGGUAAUUAAGGAACCUCAGAAGCAAAUCCAAGACAUGCCUAAAUAACUUGGCAUGGGGCUCCAAUGCCAUACUUCUUAGUACACUGCGGUCCUUACUACUUGAAAUUCUUACAAGAGCUGUAAAACUAUGCUUAAUUAAUUAUAUAGUUCUUGAUUUUAAACAUGUUCAUGCACAUAAAUUUGGAGAAGAAAAAUAACUAUUACAUGACACUGUUUUCCUUGUAAUCUGUGUAGAAAUUAAAGUGCAUUUUUACAUUUUUAAAGUUUCUAGAAAGUUUCAUUUAUGUGAAAGGUAGAGUUCUACAGGAAAGGGCAGUCUUUCUUGUCACACUUAUUUCAGCACUCUAAAGCUUAAGCUAUAAGCACAGAGUGCACAGAAUAUGUUAAAAUCCCAAUUUAGUCCUUUUUUGUGUCUGGUGUUACACCUUGCCUCAAAUGCUGGCUGCACUUUCUCUGCUUAUCAUUACUGGUUUAAUUUGAUGAAUUUCAAGUAGCCCUGAUGUUUAAGCACAUCAGAUUUGUAGCUGUAAUUGCAUUGCUGGAAAAGUUAGUAUAUCUGGGGUCUGCAGACUUUUUUGGGGUGGCUUUAAACUACAUCUCCCUAGAGGUGGGUGAGGUUUUCUCUUUUGAAGUUCUUUGAACACAAUUUGUUGAUUGAAUUAGUUUUUUAAAAGGGGGGGAUAGAGAUUUGCAUCCUUGAAAAGUGAAAGAAGAGAAAGUUGUUAAGACAAAAGUAGCUAUUUAUCUGUAUGUUCAUUUCUAGUGGAAGCUGAUAUCACUGGUUAGUAUUUGGCACUGUAACUGUAAACUGGUUCAGUUUUAGAUAUAGAGAAACCUUCAGCAGUAUUUACUAGACAAAAUAACUCCAAACUGGCUUUAAAAGCAGAGAUAACUAGAGCAUCAUCUGUUUGAAUUGUACCCUAUUGCCACAGAACCCAUGUUAGCUGUGGAGUCUUGUUUUGUGUAUAUGGUGGCAUUGUUAUGAAAAGAAAUUCCAGAUUAAUUAGAUGGGAGACAAGCUUCAGACUUAAAGUCAAUGGAAAUGUACAAUUAAUUUAUGGUCUGUUUUGACUGGUCACAUUUAACGUUUAGCGCAAUUUAUUUAACUUUAUUUUAGUCCUUUUCCAGAAUGCUUAACUUUCAGUUUCUUUUGCAUUCUUCCUUCACUAAUUGUGCUCAUGAUUAUCACUUUGAAGUCUGCCAUGUUGAAAGUGAUAAUCAAAGCCACAAUUAGUGGUGGCAGAUUCAACUCCGCAAGUAGUGUAUGUGAAGCAAGGGAGUAGAAAAUAGAAGCCAUUUGUAAAUGGGCAGACCUCUGCAAACACUGAAGUGCCUUGUCUUCUAUUCCAGAGAGCUUACUAAUUGAUUAUCGGCUGUCAUGUAGCAACCUUGGUGGUGAAGGUACAUUUUAAAAUAGCAUUUGAUUGAUAGAAAGUGCAGUAAUAUGCCACAUGAUUUUUCUGUUCAAGAACCCUUGCAAAUGGGACUUGGGGCCAAUACAGGCAAACCAUUACCCUUAAUUUUUUGAGACGGUGUGCAUUUCUGUAAUAGAACCAUAUAGCUUGCAGUCCCCCCACCCCACCCCAAAUGAAUGCUCCAACGCAGCCCUUUAAAAAUAAAUGAAUAGGAUUUUGAGAACAGAGGUCACGGUAACAUAGUACAUGCAUAUUUAUAUUUAGAGAAGUAUAUUCAGUUUUUAAAAGAUUGAUAAUUCAUUGCAAUUCAUUGCCUGCCAAUUAAUUCCCUCUUUAAUUAGAAUACUGUAUCUCAAUUCAGCCCCCAGUGCUUGCUGCCACUUGCUUUUCUAAGUAAUUACUGUUUGAUUAAGCAUGUGGUAGUGUUAGCAAGCUCAGCUGGCUGGCUAGUGAUACAGAGCUUUCUGUAAAAUGUCUGCAGGCAACAAGUUCUCCGCCAGUCGACAGACUGUAGCAGUGGCAGAUCUAGCAACGAAAUCAAUAUAUUUAUCCUUGUUUGUAAAAGGGUUUUAUGGUCUUCCAAAAGAGAGGCUUUACAUGAGAGAUGCUCAUUUCCCAUAAUGGCAUUGGAUCAUCAUUUGGUAGCUUUUCAAGUAUUAUUGUGGGUCAGCAGCAGCUCGUUUUGAAUUACUAACCUGACAAAAUACUUUUUUGUGAUGGUAGCUGCAUUUAGUUUUCAGAUUAAGGGACUGGUGGGUCUGGCUUUCAUUUCUUCAGUUUCUUUUCACUUUGGUACAUGGCCGUGCUAUCUCUGCUAGGUUGCAGGAGCGUCUGAGAUUGGGGGUUAUACCAUUUUUCUAACAUCUCAAGUGUCUGUUUUGUCUGCUCAGAGGGCAUUCUUGUGCAGAGAUUUCAACGCUUUAGUCUGGAGCACUGGGUCAAAGGAUAUGUCUCUUUGGAAGGCAGAUGGGAGACCUUUUUAUUCAUGAAGUAGCAUUUCACUUUACAUCAAAGAAUAGUAGGUUUUCAGACCUCAUUAUGAUGGAAGUUCAGUGCAGCCCUUUAAGAAGACAUGCAACAUAUUCAAUCUGUUUUAGAUGCUUUGGGAGACACUUGUCAUAGUAACUUUGCAAGGUUUCAAAUUUGCUAUCCAUAAGCACUCCAAUCCAGCAUUAGUUUAAUGCUCACAGAAGAUUUCUGUGCAUUCAUUCCCUGUAGUAUCAGGAACCACACAUGUAAUUUCUGAACUUAAUUUCUGAAAUCAGAACCAUAUGAACAGUGCAAAAUAGUUUUCUUGGGGUGGUUGGGCAGGAGAAGGCAUGCUACAAGACUGAAUCCAGCCCCUUCCCCUGUUCUGAGGAGGUGACAAUUCUCGUACCUUCCAUACAAAUGGCUGAGAUUGUCAUUGUCAAUAAUAAAUGUCCCUUUAGCACUCCUUUUAAAGAAAAGCCUUUUGUUUUACAAUUAAUUCCAGAAAUAACACAGAAUUCUAAUUGUUGGGGUCUCUUAAUAAGAGCAAUUCCAUAACAACUCCCUGAGGUGGCAGAAUUCCCAAUUCUUGUUGAACAUCCCUCCAAUAUCUUAUUGAAUUUUUCUAUUAAAGAUUCUUCAGCUUCCCUGCAGAAGUUUUUCAUUAAUUAGCUACGUACAGUUAGAGCUUCCUCUGAACUAAUCUAGUGUCUCAUUGCAACCAGCUACAAACUAAAUGUGCUCAUUGAGCCUUCCCUCUAAUAUUAUAUAUUUCAUUAUUAUUAUUUUUUUGAAAUUAUGAAUUUCACAUAUUUGGAUUCAAAUAAACUGGAUCCUGUCUGGUUUAUUUGAAUCCACCUUAAAAUAUGGGUUCAAGCAUACAACCAGAAAGAUAACAAAGUGCUGCAGCUUCUUAUGGAAGGCCGGGGGCAAUGGCUUCCUGUGAUAUUUCAGGUCAGCUUUUCCCAACCUCAGUUACCGUUGGACUACAAUUCCCAACAUUCCAUACUGGCUGAGGCUGAUGAGAGUUGUAGUCCAAGAUUGGGAAAGGCUACUUUAGGUCAUAUGUGAUCAUGCUUCAGCUGGUCUAUAGUAUUACCUCUUUAAUGUGCCCCCACAGGUCUGUAAUAUGUCAGGGGUGUUGCAUAGGAAGCAUAUAAGGCCUCUUGCCUUUCUGUGGGGCUGUUUCGCCUACAAAGCAGUUGAUACGGCCAGGCUGAGUUCAGCAUUAGGAGGAGUGUCUGGAGGGGCAGUGCAACCAGACACAUUCCUUUCCCCCCUGCUACUAGAGAUCUGUGUGGCAGGGAGAAGGAUGUUGGGGUCUGCCAGUGCAAGGGGAAAAUCUGUGUGGGUUUUGUUCAAUACAUUUUUUAAUUCAGAUUUGCUUCCCUAAGAGAGUUGAAAUCUUGCCACAAGUUGGAAAAGACCUCCUUAAUUUGGAUUGGCUUUUGCUGAAUUUGGAAAGUUAUUUAUUGUUUAUUUUUGUUACUAUAUUAAACAAUAGAGAGAGAAAACCUCUAAGUUGCUUGCAUAAACACAACAAAAGACGACUUCUACAACAAAGAGGUUCCUGUUUCUGGUUUGUAAUCCACCCUAAGAAACGGGGCAAGGGAAAAUUUAAAAUAAAUGUUAACAAAUGUAUCAGAUAUUUACAGUUGCUGAGAGGAGAAACAGGAGGGGGGUAUAUAAUAAAUGUGAGUUAGGAAAACAGGCUUCUAGAAGUAGUGUUUAAUGGGGACUUGAAAGUUCUAGGCAUUAAUUAACAAAACAAAGUGAAAGUUUAAACUGUUAAUAGCUGUGACAUCCCUAAAGCAUAGCAGUGCAGAAUGCUAACACUAACAGUUCUCUAUUGUGUACUAUUUUAACAGGGUAACUGUGUCAGUUCUUCCUAGCUCCCCUACCUGCUGUCUUUGGAAAUAAUCUUCAUUACUUGGUGCUUGUUUUUCCGCCUUUCAUUAACAAUGCCUAUCACAGCAUGAAAGUGCAACAUCUCUCAUUACUCAAAAUGGGGAAGAGUGGAGGGGAAGUGUAUUGACUGGCAGAGGCUAAAUACUUAGGGCACAGCAUCUAAUACUUCCACUUCCUAAAAUAAGAUUUCAUAUUAACGCUGCAAGUUAACAUAAGAGGACCUUCUAAGCCACUGCAGAGGCUUCUCUAGAGUAGCCUUCAGUAACCUCCAUGUGUUUUAGGCUAGCUGGAGUUGAUAGGAGUUGUAGUCCAAAAUGUCUGAAAGGCCCCAGGUUAGUGCAGGCUGUUCUAGACCCAAAAUCUUUGCCCACACUGUUUACUCUGUGGCAAACGCGUAGUUGUGUUCAGCUCAGCCUUGUGUUAAUUUAUUGAUAAUGCUUGAAAUUGGCAUGUUGGACCCCUUUCCUGUUUCCUAAACUGCCCUAGCCUCUUGCGUGUGAACAUUUAAAGCUCUAUGUGUGCCUUUGUGGCCUGUCUUCCCAUACAGUUACACAUUAGUGGGAGAACCUGCCUUUAAUUCUGUGGUUAAGUCUGUGUCCAGGGCAGCUGUCUACCAGCUCCAUCUGGUGUGUCGAUGGAGACCCUACCUGCUUGCACACUGUCUUACCAGAGUGGUACAUGCUUUGGAUAUCUCCCACUUGGAUUACUGUAAUGCGCUCUACGUGGGGCUACCUUUGAAGCUGAUUUGGAAACUACCAGAAAACUACUCUGUGGCUACCAGAGUGGCGACUGGAAGCAGCCACCAGAACCAUAUAACACUGGUCCUAAAAUAUCUAUAUUGGCUCACAGUAUGAUUCCGAGCACAGUUCAAAGUGUUGGUGUCAACCUUUAAAGCCAUAAAUGGUCUCGGCCCUAUAUCCCUGAAUGAGCAUCUCCACCAAUUGCACUACUUUCCAAAGACAUUUGAAGGAGGUCCUAUACUGGAAAUUUUUUAAUGUUUGAUGUUUCAUUAUGUUCUUAUAUUCUAUUAGAAGCUCCCCAGAGUGGCCGGGGCAACCCAGUCAGGUGGGCAAGUGGGGUGUAGUACUAGUAGUAGUAGUAGUAGUAGUUCUUUUUCAAAAAAACAUCUCAAUAGCUUUUAUUGAGUUGGGGAGACACUGGUUUUGAGACCAAAGCUUUCAUAGAAAGAUGUCUAUGUCUAAGAAAUAAGUUCAGUAAAAUCCAUAACUCUUCCCACCCCCCUUUAUACAACCCUUUCUCUCUUCAGGCAUGCUUUACCUCUGCAAUGAUCGCAGGUUCAUCAAUCACUUUAGCCAUGUUUAGGUAUAAUCCUGCAUGAUCAGAAUACUAAAUUGUGGGGAGAGCCUCCAUGAGCACAGCAGACUCUGCAGCCCCAGCGCAUGGAGGGCAAUGGGAAUUUGACAAAGUGGAUGAAGCUAGCUAGCAUGUCCAUUCUCUCCCCAUUUCACCAUUCUAAUUAUAUAAAGAGUAACAACACCUCAAUAGUUGCUCCAUGCAUCUCAGGAUGACAAGAUAAGUUAUGAGGAUGAUAGAGAAUAUUAUUGCAGGGGAUUGGACUAGAUGACCCCCAGACCCCCUUCCUAUUCUACAGUUCUAUGAUUCAUUGUCAGCUUUGUGGAGGCCAUUGCUAGCUGUGUUUUUGGUCAACAGUGUAAAUGGUUUGCUAUACAAUGGAGUCAAAAGAAAUCCUGUGCAACUCCCCUUAGCUGUUCUAUAGUCAUAGUUUCUUCUUUUUAACCCUUAUUUCUUGAUUUUUAAAGCAGAAAAGAAUGCUCAUUGUGGCACAGAAUGGCAGCAGCAAGGUAGCAGUGGCAAACUGCCAGAAUCUGCAACUGAGCAUAUUUGGUGGGAAAUUGCUCAUGGUUGGCCUUUCUCAGGUUUGUGUAGCAUGGUGCUUCUUUUGGGGAAGAUGAAAAUUCAGAAAUCUAUCUUUCUGCCUGCAUGUCUAAUCUGACAGUUCCUUUUGUAUUGAACUUCGCUGCUGGUUUUCUUGUGUUUUGUCUGAAAAACUGUCAAGCAAGAAAUGCAUAUACUUAAAGCCUGUGUGUGUGUGUGUGUGUGUGUGUGUGUGGAGUGGAUGAAAAAUUUGGGUGUCUGCCUGCAAAGCAAGCAAUUUUAUUCCUUUCUUUCUGUGGUAGGGGUAUAACUCCCAAUUUCCAAACACCUCAUUCUCUUGAUGAAAUUGUAUGGAAGGGUUUAAUGUGCACAGGUAGUUAGAAAUAUUUUUGGCAGGAUCUUAGUGUACCUGUGGAUAAAUACAGCAGUGGUGAUUUUUUUAUUUUUAAAGAAAUCUCUUAAGCACCAAAUAUUUCAGGGGUUACCAGGGCUUAGACUUUUUCUCUGUUUUUGUUAUAGUUGCAGAGGAGGGAGAACACAAGAGGGACACAAAAGCAAACAUUACUGUUUCACUAAUUAGUUAUAUGGAACGGGCAAAAGAGAAGUACGGUAGUCUUGGUUUGAUGGUCCCUCUCCCUCAAAAAUUUUUUGCUACUAAUGCCUGUGUUGUUGUCAUGCUGUGGGUGGUGCUGGGUUGUUAAUCUUAUAGAUUAUUCUUAUGGCUGAUAGUAUGGCUAAAACCAAAGAGCCUACAGACACAUCUCUUCAAUCUCCGAUCAUGUGACAUCUCUUGGAUACCUGAAAUUGAGCAUUAAAGAGCAAAGAGCUGUUUUUCCUGGGAGAUAGCAGUGGGGCCAGAGGAAGUGUGGAUAAGCCCUAGUGUGUUAUGCUUUUUUAAUGCAUUGUUGAAACGCCAUAGGUAUUCUCAAAAAGGGGGAAGGAAGUAAUUUGCAAAUCGUCCCUGAAAAUGGGGGGCUGAUCCCCUCUGUCAGAAAUUCUCUUUUUGCUUCCUUUGGUUCCUCCUGCUGUUUUUUCUUUAGGGAAAAUUCAGCGACAACUCUUGUUGGGUUGUCAUCAAGAUGGGAUCUCAGGUCUCUAAUAUUUUGCCCCACUAGUUAACACAGGAUGGGCAAAGGAGAAGUAAGUUGAUAGCAAAUCUUCAGCCAUAGUUUGCAUUCUCAUUUGUGCACAUUUGCAUAUAUGGGUGAGACUUGGACUGGAUUGUCGUGAAUAUGAAAACUAUGAGUAGGAACUGUGGUAGAGCUCACUUGUGUGAAUUGCUCUUUAAUAUUCACCCCUUCCUUGAUGCUGUUCCUUCAGUACUUUUGUGUGGCAGGGAAGCCAUUGCAUUGCAAAUGGUUCAGGUAGGAUGCUAUUUCUGGGCAGAUCAGUGCCCAGUGAUGCACGGAAGCUUGGUGUUUCGUUCCCUCCUGGUCAUCUCCAGGUGCCUGUGGGGAAAUACAAGCAUGAGCUGGGUUAUACAUAGAUACAGUAACCAGGCCAGCAGCAAUGUUAGUGAUUGACAGAAUUUUUUCCACCACAGUAUUUAUGGAAACCACUGCUAACAAUAUCUUUGUACAGCAUGCUGACAUUUCUCCCAAAGAUUCCCUAUUGGGAGAUAGACAGAAGGGAUCAAAUGGAGAAAAACCACAGCUGCCUUCUAUGUCGGAAUCAACCCAGAAUUACUGUAUGAAUGUCUAUGUAGCAAAAAGACAAGCGUUUGGGUAUAGUAAGUACUUUCUUGAAGGCUAAUGCGCUUCCCCAUUGCUUGUGCUGUUUGAAUCUAUUAGUUACAUACCUGAUCAUGUUUAGUGUUUAUUCUGCAGACUUCCCUUCCUCAAACCUCAUCCCAGAAGACAAUAGGGAAAAGCAUUGAGAAAUGAAACUGUUUCACCCUCAAAAAGUCACACAAACAAUUUUCAGGAGCAGUACAUAGAGGCAGACACAGCAGUUAUCCACAGUUGUCCCAGUCAUAUGUUUUUCAACUCCAUGCUCUUGAACUUUGUUUUUAAACUUCCAGUGCUUGUCCUGGCACAGUCUGUUUUAACCAACUCCGUUGCAACAUCUUAGUGGUCUAUUUAAAAUAUGAGGCAUGCUAGCAAAUUUGUCUAAACUUAUCUAAAGUAGCGAUACCAUCUCUUCAGUCCCUAUCUUUAUAUAUAAAAAAGUAUAAACUGUGGAGGUUAAGUAGGUUGGGCAACCGGAAGUAAUUACUAAGUCCAGUGUGGUUUAAUAAAGGCAGAGGCUAAUUAUUCAGUUUUUUAUUUAAGUGAAAUGGGGCCAGAAAGGAGGCUCCUGCAGAGCAGCUGCACUCCUUCAGUGUUACCCUAAUUUACCACAGACACAACUGUCACAAACAGAACUUUUAAACUUGGUAUAAUGGAAGUUAGGGGGCUUUUGUCUGGAGUGCAUGCAGAAGAACCCUUUUAUACAAAUCAACCGGCAGAUGAUGGACAAUGAUGAAAAUUUGAUUCUUUGAAGUCAUAAUGGUCAUUGAAAUGUGUGAAAUUCUGGCAUUGAAAAGAGGGCAACUAGCAAGGCUCUGAAUCUUGGGUGGCUGCUGGAAGCUUGCUGGGAGGUUUUCUGCAUUUUGACAUCAACUUCCCAUUGCUUGUUCCCGGCUUCCUUUUAUUUAGAGAGGAGGAAAAUGUUAAACAGUAGAUAUUUGCUCUCAUGGGUUCUGUACAAUCUCUUGUGGUCAUAUUUGUGUGCUCUGUCGUUAUGCAGAUGUGAAAUUGUUAUACGUUCCUGAUUUCAUGAAACAAAAACUGCUGAUGCCCAGAGGUUGUGGGGUAGGAGGGUGGGUUUGCUACUGUUUCUUCCCUGUGGCCAUAUCAUUGUCUAAAAGCUUACAUUACUAAUUUUCCCCAUAACAAGGUGGCUGAAGUAAUACAGUUACUCUCAGAAAUGAAGCAGAACACUAAAGAUGAAACUUCUUCCAUGAUUUUGGAGGGAGUGAUCUAAUUUAAAAGUAGCCCACUUCUUCUGCUUUGAGUGAAAAUUAAAGGUUAGAACCCUAGAAAUUGGUUUCCGGUUGUUGUUGUUUUACAGUUGUGUUAUGAGGUAUUUCGUUUUUAAAAUUCCUCUUUUUGUUCCCUGUUCUUAAAAGCGCCUCUCUUAUAUCACUCCACCUGAAAACCUGCUUCAAAAUGGAAAGAAUCAUCUGUCAUGCCAAACAGGAUUCUAGUUCAUUAUAUAUACAAAGCACCAGUUUUUUGUUUUCUGUAUUUUGAAGAUACACCCCCCCCCAACAUAAUAUCAAAGAAAUCCCACAGGUGCUCUCCUGUCAGCAUUUGAAAAUGAAUGGACACAGAAAGCUUGGAAUUGUUAAGCACAAUACUGCUAAAUAUACAAAAAGGUAUUUUUUAAAAUAAAUUUUAAAACCCCAACUCUUUCCCAACAUCUUUGUUUCAGAAAGUUGGUUCACAGGUAGUUUUCACUGAGAACUUGAACUCGGAACAAAGCGCUGGAGACACAGUAGAGAGUUGGACUUAGUUCUUUUCAAGUAUUAUAUUGUUUUUAAUGGCGUCUUGAAGCGGGAGCUUUAGCCCAUUGAAAUGUCGCUAAAAGGACAGGUUCUUCUGUCAGUAGCUGAAGCUGUGUGGAUGAAAUGAUCACAAUAGAGUGUUGUAAUGCAUUUUCAAAGUGUGAGAAAUCAGUUUGUCUAGACUGAGAGUGCGCCUACAGGGAAUAGGAAUUUUAGAGCUUCUGUGCUCUUUAGGUGUCAAGUAUGUGAGAGAUGCCAAGCCUUUAUUCCAUAUCUUUGGCAACAGCUCAGCAAUGCUACAGUACCUUACAUGUCUAGUGCAAGCAAAAACAGCAAUUCUGUGUCAGGACAACUCAGGGCUUCACAAUCCAGAAACUCAUUGUCCUAAACAACUGUCUGUUCAAUUGCCAGCUUUAAACUGGGGGAGGGAGGAGUGUGUAUGUGGGGAGAGGGGAGGGGAGAUAUCAAUAAACAAUUGCUGUAUUCCCAGAAGGCAUGGAAACUUUGGCUGUAAUGAAUCAAAAGUACAACGAGCUAGCAGCAUCAUGCAGCUAUUUUAAAUUAUUAAAGCAGGCCCUGUUUUUCUUCUUGCUCUGAAAAAGAGGCUUUCAGAAGGAUAAAUCCCUUGCCACCACUAAAGGGUUUUUUUUUUCUCUUUAGUUGCAGCCAGUCAAAUACCAUGGUAUCUACGGCUUGACUUUUUCACGUUAGACUAGACCUUUUUCUUCAUUAGAAGUAAUUUUUAAGCAUAACAAAUCUUCCAAGGGCAGCAUAGUCCUAUUGGAAAGCUAUACACUAGUUUUAAAAUAACUACAGUAAAGGCCCUGCAGUGGAUUGACUUGAUUUUGGGGGGGGGGGGUAAGGCAAAGAGAGACUUGAUGCUGUGCACCUAAGACAUAGUGUAGCUUUCUUUAGUGUUUAACUUCCAGUAGUGAAGAAGCCCUCAUCUCUGAUGUGCUGCUUUUCAGUAGAAAUAUCCCCUUCUUGUGACCUACUUUCCCCAUCCAUUUCUGGGGAGAGGAGAGACUGGAUUCUAUCCUCCUCCACCGACUCACGAAGGAGAUUCCUCUCCAGAGUUCCCUUGGCUUCUUUUGCAAGUCCGGCUACUGCAGACAGCAGUUGGCCUCUAUCUAGAGCACAUCUUCCAUGUACUCAGGACCAACAAAAGAUGCUAUUUGGGGUGGCAGGGGACAAUUCGCUGUUGCUCAGAACUGGGGAAGGAGAAAAGUUAUGAUUACUAUGUCUUAUGAGAAUAUAAAGGACAGAAAUGUGAUUGCAUUCAGUGGUGACCUAAUUCUAAUAGAAAACACUUCCGCUUGUGCAAGAAUAUCAAUUCCGAUCAACCCACUGCAGUUUCCUGCUCCCCACAGGCCUGCUGUUAAGAGCUGGGUGACUCUCUGGAGUAGCAUGUGGUAUUUCGGUACAGAGGGCUGAAGAAGAUAAGAAUGGAGUCUUGCCAUGGACAAGCACUUUCUGCUAGCAUGAAACCACUGUUGGCUACAACCCACAGAUUAUAAUCCAAAACGCCAUGUGUACCAGGACUGUACUUUCACUUUUGAUGUGAGGAAAGCACCUGGGAAGAACACCUGGUAUAGUGGUAGUCUAAAGACCUAUGCACGUUUGGCAACCAUGGUAAACAGAAGGCCUCCAUGGCAUGCUUUUCCCAUAGAGAUGGUGAGUCCCGUAUAAUCGUAUCUUCUCACUUGCAGCUGACAAUGUAAAACAGAGAUUUACCUGUUCAAGUAUCUUAAAAAGUAUGACACACUUUGUAGGAGGAUUUCCCUACCUGCACGUGUUUGCAAAAAAAGAAGCAGCCAUGAUUUGUGUACUGCAGAAGCUAACACAGAAAAUUCCUUAAAAACCUGCUAUUUUUUGCAAAUUUGAGAGUGUGUAAGCUUAUGAUACUAUCAUGCUUCUUGGUGUCUCCACAUGCAAAUGAGGUGGGCGCAGGAACAAGCCUAGGGAAACUGUUGAGAUAUAUCAAACUAAACCAUUUAGUUUUGUGGAACUGGGGAGGAAAGCGUACAAUGUUGCGGGAGGGGGGAAAGAGUGGGGGAGCCAAAAAAUCGGGAGAAACUGAGCUGCAUGGGCACUUGGAGGAUUCUGGGGAUGAACAGACAGCAGUUGAAGCCUCUGUGCAGGCGCAAAGAAGGGAGAGGUAACACUGGAGUCGGGACAAAAGUGAGCAAUUGGCUUGGCCUCAAAAUACAUUUGGAGGUGGGACUGGCUGAAUAGAAUGCAAGCAGUGAAGCAAGUUUAUUCUGCUUAGCACUGGUACACUGUGGGGAGGGGGCGGUAGAAAAGAGAGUAUGAGUGGAAUGUGAGCUGUGAAGCGAGCAUUCCACCCAGACAACUCCAGGAGCUAUGUUCCAUGUGAGCAAGGCUCUCAUCCCUAAUAUUACUUAAUUUUUCUUCUUAAAAAAAAAAAGAUACAAGGACAUCAGGACUAUGCAUUUUCACACUUCUGGAACAGUUGUGGUCCUGAAGUCCUUGCACGUGUUUCGGGUAGUAUGGAAAAAAAGAGGGCAAUAUGAUAGUAUGUGCAGGGGGGCAGCAAGCGGGCUGGGAGUCAUUUGUGAGUUUGAACAAAUAUUAGCAAAUAGGGAAGGUGGGAGCUGAUUGGCAGGUAGAACAUAUUUUUCAAAGCUGUAGCUGACCGCUCACAAAAGCAAUAGAUUUUGCAAAAAAAAGGGUUGGGGAGUUUCUGACACUGAGGAAAUUUUUUUGAUUGAUAGCCAGCUAAGUCAUACACAAGAGUAGACUCAUUGAAAUCAGUCCACUUAUGUUCGCUUGUUUCAAUGGAUUGAGCAUGACUUAGUUGGCUACCACCUCUUGUACAGUGAUACCUCGGGUUACAUACGCUUCAGGUUACAGACUCCGCUAACCCAGAAAUAGUGCUUCAGGUUAAGAACUUUGCUUCACGAUGACAACAGAAAUUGUGCUCUGGCAGCGCAGCAGCAGCAGGAGGCCCCAUUAGCUAAAGUGGUGCUUCAGGUUAAGAACAGUUUCAGGUUAAGUACAGACCUUCGGAACAAAUUAAGUAUUUAAUCCUAGGUACCACUGUAUAUAGUAUGGAAAACCACAGAGCGAUAAAAGUGGUGGCUUGACACCUGGCUUGAGAGCAGUACAUGUGAAAAGGAUCUAGGAGUCUUGGUUGACCGCAAACUUGACAUGAGCCAACAGAGUGACGCGGCAGCUAAAAAAGCCAAUGCAAUUCUGGGCUGCAUCAAUAGGAGUAUAGCAUCUAGAUCAAGGGAAGUAAUAGUGCCACUGUAUUCUGCUCUGGUCAGACCUCACCUGGAGUACUGUGUCCAGUUCUGGGCACCACAGUUCAAGAAGGACACUGACAAACUGGAACGUGUCCAGAGGAGGGCAACCAAAAUGGUCAAAGGCCUGGAAACGAUGCCUUAUGAGGAACGGCUAAGGGAGCUGGGCAUGUUUAGCCUGGAGAAGAGGAGGUUAAGGGGUGAUAUGAUAGCCAUGUUCAAAUAUAUAAAAGGAUGUCACAUAGAGGAGGGAGAAAGGUUGUUUUCUGCUGCUCCAGAGAAGCGGACACGGAGCAAUGGAUCCAAACUACAAGAAAGAAGAUUCCACCUAAAUCUUAGGAAGAACUUCCUGACAGUAAGAGCUGUUCGACAGUGGAAUUUGCUGCCAAGGAGUGUGGUGGAGUCUCCUUCUUUGGAGGUCUUUAAGCAGAGGCUUGACAACCAUAUGUCAGGAGUGCUCUGAUGGUGUUUCCUGCUUGGCAGGGGGUUGGACUCGAUGGCCCUUGUGGUCUCUUCCAACUCUAUGAUUCUAAGUGCUUCAUGGAGAAGUGCGAGAGAGAAUAAAUAAAUGCAAACAAAUAGGCAGCGUUACUUUUUGGGAUGCUGCAUUUUUACAUUGGAAAUAAAUUAAGGGGUGGUGGUUGUGGGGUGCUUUAUGCUGCCUCUCCAAGUGCACUCAGUAGUCAUAUGUGCCCCCCCUGCUGCCACUGCCAUCUGUAUGUUCAGUGGUCAUGGCGCUCUUCAUGCACACUGGUCUCCAUACACAAAGGGCAUCCUGGUCCAUUCUAGAGAUGGUACAGCCCCUUUUCACAUGCGCCAAACAUGGCUGCCAGGACUCCGCCACAUAGCCCCUGCAACUCUCUCUUUUAAUAAUUCAAUAUUACUGGCGUAGGAAAUAGAUGUGGAAAAUAUGCCUGCAGAGGCUCGUCUCCCCCACCUGCUCUGCAGUUAUGAGUAACACUGAACUGGUUAAACAGUGCUUCCUUACUUGAUGAGCACGUAGAACAGCUAUGGGGAACCUCUGGCCCUCUAGAUGCUGCUGAACUUCCAUCAUCCUUGGCCCCGCUUGCUCAGGCUGCUGGGCAUUACAGUCCAGCAACAUCUGGAGGGCCAAAGGUUCCCCACACCUGAUGCAGAGGACACAAAAGCAAGCUUGCAGGUUGUAGUAGGUCACCCCUGGAGCCAGCAAACUCCCAACACGUGCUUGCAAGGGCAAGGGCCAUGUUGUCUUCCCCAACAGCUGAGCUCCCAACAUAGAUGGUCAGUAGGAGAAAUGGAAACUAUGCUGAGGGUGUGAGGAAGGGAAGAGAUUAUUUCCUUGAUGUUGGCCCAGUCUGAUGUAGUCAGCAACCACUCUUGAUGGCUUUGUGCUGCUUGAAAGGGGAAAGAAAAGCCGAGAGACCAGAACCCAGGAUCUCUGUCACUUAAGACCAUGCAUAUACCCUGCGCACUGAGCUGUCGCACUUGGUGGAGGAGAUUGGGAUAUUCUUUCUGGCUCUCGCUUUUCCAGCCAAAAUACUUGUUGCCUUCAGGCCACCCAAAUAGUGUGCUUUUGCUCGUGUCUUCCUUGCCUACCGUUGAUCUUCUGCCUUUUCCCCAAAGAGCUGGGCAGCUCAUGCUGAAGCCUCCUGUAAGCUUUGUUGUAAAGAGCAUUUUUUCUUAUUUCAUGAAAUUUAUGUGCCGCUUGGUUGUUAAACAAAAACAGAAACCCUCUUGUGUACAAACACACCACUCCAUCUCUGUCUCUCUAACAAAAAAGAGACUUGAAUCGUAUCAUUUGAAUAUAUCUGACACACCCUCAAACCAGUAAAAAUGAGUUUUGCAUUUUUAUUCUUCCUUAAUAUCUUCUACUUCGUUUUUCAUGUUUGUUUGGUUUUUUAAAAAAUGCCUCACCUUUUGGAAGUUAAUGAGAACUGGAUUCCUUUUAGUUGGUGACCUAUAAAGGAUUCCCCCCGCCUUCUUUUUUUAAUAUGUCCUAAUCCCAAGGAUAUGUUAAUAUGAAAGCGGAUGUAUUAUUGCUGGUUGAUUUCUAUAAACAGACAUGUUGGAACAAUCAAGCCUCACCUUAUUUUUUUCUGCAGGUAAAACACGUUGUGUGAAGCCUGACAAUUGGUUGCCCAACCAAACAACUUUUCAGAUAUUUCUUUUUUUAGCCAUCAAAUGCCAAUCUGUCAGGAGAGAAUGUAGUUUUGUGUGUUGCAACAUUUUGACUAAUAAUUGGUGUGUCUUCAUAUUAUGACUAGACUGGUAUUCAACAUAAACACUACUUGCACUCAAAGAAAACAUUUAUGAUUAAAUUGUUAAAAUAUUUUGACAGUUUGCUUUAGGUAGUCUGAGCUCAGCUUUUGUGCGUUGUUGUAAUUUCCUGUGGGGUUUUCCCCCCCUCCUUGGUUCUAAAUGCAAGACAAACAUUUCACACUUGGCAGUUGUGACUGAUCUCUCUGAGUUUAUUUUAUAAAGUGAAGCAAAAAAAGGGGAGGAAGGGGAUAGAAGACGGGCCUCCUGUUUUCUUUCUUUCUAAGGAUGGUCUGGUGAGAAUAUGAAGAGCUUUUAAACUCUGUGACAGAAGAGACUCUGAAGUUGGUAGCUGGAGGCUUAUUUUAAAAAUCCCAAUGUGCUAUUUAGACUUGUUUGCCUCCUCAAAUUUAAGUCAUGUCAUCACUGGUUUGGAUUAGUUCUGUCUGCCUGCAGUUGGACCUGUACCAGAUCAGCCUUUUGUUCCUGGAGAAAGGCAGCGGAAGACAGUCCAAGCCUCUCCCAUUGGCAUUGUGCAUGCAAGAAUCUAAGUAGGCGGCAGUUUUGAGUUACUUCUGCUAGCUUAAUGUGGUGGCUUCUGCAGGAAGUAUUUGAUGAUCCACACUUUUUUUUGUCAACAGCUGUUAAAGGACUAGGAUUGCUGUGCAAAUUAUAGAGAACUGCUGAGAGGCUUUCCGUAAAGUUUACUUUCAUAGCCUGACCCAGUCACAAGAGCUUGAGAUGGAUAUAAUACCACCGCACCAGUGUAAAGAGACAGUUCUCUGUCCAGCAGGAUCUCGCACAUAAUUGAAUAAAGGGUGGGGAGCAGGUAACACAAAGGGCUUGAGAUGGAUACCUUCCUGUUGGUUAGAUUUGGCCCACUCCUUGCAUCAUACAGCCAAACCCCCUCUUUCCACACCAUCAUUCCAACAAUCCAGCCUUCUUGCUGCCUUUCCCCUCUCAAACCUUAACAGAAUGCAUACAAUGACACUAUUGCCUACAGCAAGUUCCUAGCAGCAUUCAAAAUUCACCAGGCACAUUUUACACCUGGCUAGUGGCCACUUGUGACCCAUGCAUGCCUGUGGAUCCUUGGAUCUUGACGGUUUUCACACACUGGCAACACAUCCUGUAGAAUUUUAUCUGUGAUAUUUUAUGUGCGCAAUCAGAACAUGUUUCAGGAACCAAAAAGUCGUAUUGAAAAAUACAUUUUCCAAGCUGUCUGGCUCAAAAUGGCAACUAGACAUUCCGUUUUGGCAACUGCACCCUUGGUUUAGGAGCCAUUCCACGCCUAGCUCAUAGAUCUAGCUUUCUAACACUGAUUACACUGACUUUUCAGUUUCCCAUUAUGUGCCUUUUUAAAAACCUGAAUAAUAAUAACUCAGCAUAUAUAUUUUUUAAAAAACAAAUUUUUACUAAUAAAAAGUAACAUGGGAGGCACCCUCUUUUCUGCAAUGCUGCUUCGUAGCAACAACAAGACAGAUUAUAUUUUAAACUGCGUUAAUUUCUUCCAGCAAUGCUUAGGAUCUAAGAGGGUUAUAUGAAUACUGCAGGCUGUUUGAAUGUUUCUGCUGUUAUUGCAAACCCCUUCACAGCCCCAAAAAACACUCCUGAAAGUUGGGAACCCUUUGAAAUAGCCUCUGAUGCUGCACAGGAAACUGCAUUUGGAGGAGGAGAGAGAACCCUGGUAUAGAUCUGGAAAUCUUUGAGUGCACUUGCAAGUCUUUAGAUUUCAACCAGAUUGUGUUACAAUUCAUAACUGCUUUAUCAAAGUAUUCAGGAGCCUCAGUAUGGCAUCCAAAACUGUCUAUGAAGUAAAUGUUUUUAAGUAAUCUUGCCCAAAUACUUGCCUCAACCUAGUUUGGAAUGUCUGACUUGUCAGGUUGAAACCAUAUCCUUCCACACCUGCCCAUACACCACUUGCUACCAAGCAGCAAUGACCGAGGUUGGUACAGCUAGUCCAAAACAAGAUGCUCAGCACUGACAGCCACAGGAAAAUAGGUUUACAGCAGCCCAUUCAAAUCCAUCUCUGCAACCCCCGAUGUCUAAACCUCUCAUCCACUUCUAUUGGGAUUCAAACAAGACUCUACAGAGAGCAAAGAGAGUCUCAAAAGAGUGUUUUCCUGCAGGUUAGUUGAAUUCAGAGGGAGGAAUUCCACGUAGCACUAAGGAGAUUACUCAGUCAGUGCAAGCAUUUCUCAUUGCUUGAUAGAACGGUCUCCCCUCUCCUCCCUGCCAUGUCAUGUGGGGAAGCAGAGGAAGGAAAGCUCAGUUACACUACCAAAAUGCACAGAUCUGCACUAGUGAGAGCAGUUGGUUAAAUCCAACCCAGAAGUGAUAAACCUCUUUCUUCUGGAUUGGUUGUAUCAUUUCCCUGGAUGGAAAUGACAUAUUUUAAGAAGAGGAAAGUAACCUGUUUAUUCUUACCCAGGUCAUAUUUGUUUAUUCUUCUUUUUUCUUUUUCCCCCCAGGACAUUUCACCUUUAACAGGUGUACCAGAGGAGCAUAUCAAAACCAGAAAAGUUCACAUUUUUGUUCCAGCCCGUAAUGCCAUGCAAGCUGGUGUUAACAACACAAAAAAAUGGAAGAUAGAAUUUGACACAAGGGAGCGCUGGGAAAACCCACUGAUGGGCUGGGCAUCUUCGUAAGUAUAAAAUAGCUGGCAAGUUCCAUAGCUGGUAGGCUGUUGAGUGCUAUGGAGCUUUUAUUUAUUUAUUUAUUUACGGCUAUUAGCCCAUAAAGUAUGUACAAACAUAAAAGCACAGAGGCAUAAAGACUAAUAUAUUCGGCACCAGAAGGUGAACACCAUGAUGCAGGGGUGGGUCAUUGAGCAGAGCCAGAUAACAGCUUGGGGCCCGGAGAGCUCCAAGGGACGGAUCCCAGAAAAGGAGAACUGAAGACGGGAUCCGACAUGCACUCUCUUCAAAACUGACCGAUUAGUUUUUGAUGUUGUUGUUUUUGGUGGUUUUUGUGUGUGAGAUAACUGCAUUCAGGAAUCUCGCCACCUGCAGAGUUACAGAAGGAUCUGUAUCCUGCAAAAGUAGUGCGGCAUGUGACUCAGCAGGCCUGCCAACCAAGCGCAGUAAAGCAGGGCCCAGGAAUUUAGUCCUGGCUAUGCUAUGUCGGGGACAGUUGAACAUUAUAUGUGAGAGAGAAUCAACAGUUUUCCCGUCACACACGCAUAGCGGAGACACCAAACCCUUGGAAAAUCUGUGGCUCAGCAGGUUCGAUGGAAAGACAUUGAACCUUGCACGAAUAAAUGCAUGUCGGUGUGGUACAGAUGAAAGAGAUGACAUGUAUGAUGGAAGGCCAAGUGGUGAGGUUAUUCCGUGAUACCUGGGGGAGCAGACACCCUCACCCCGGCGAGGUUGUGUUGAUUUUCAAUGUCUGCUAAUCUCUGCUCAAUAAGUCUUUUGGCUGAGCGUAAGUUCAUCUUUAAGGAGUCCGCUGGGGAAAUUCCGAUGCUCAGAAGUUUGGCAUGGAUUUUUCCUACCCAUGGAUUGACAAAGUCGUCCCGCCAGAGGCACUGAAAAAGGUAAUGGUUGGGAAGCCUGUGCCAGCUGGACAGCCAAUAACCAAAGACUCGCUUCCAGAUGACCGUCUCCAAUGAUGCAAUCCUUAACUCCAGACGUAUGGCUGCGUUGCUCACACACAUGGGGAGUUUCAGGAGGCGACGGAGAAACUGAUUCUGCAAUGUCCCCAACGAUGUUAAAUUGGACCCUGGGGCCCAGAGCGGGGCAGCAUAACAGAGGGUGGAAACCACUUUUGCAUGGUACACCUUCAAUGCAGAAGGGAUGUGGGAGGCUCCGUCGGCCGCAAAAAAUUGGAGUAGAGUAUAAAGUAUUGUUUUCCCUUUGUUUAAUAAAUACUGUAUCUGUGGCUUCCAGCUUAGGUUGUAGUGAAAAAAGACUCCCAGGUAUUUAAAUGCUAUGGAGCUUUAUUCUCUGGCCUUUUGAAUCUAGCAAACCCUUCCACAUUCUCUCGUCUGUCUGUCUUCACCAUCUCCGAAGACUCCAUCGGCUGAUACUGCAGUGGGGCUUGGUAGACAGACUGUUGCAGAUCUUCUCGCUGCCACUGGUGUUACUGCUUAAAUGGGACAUUCUAAUUCCAAGGUCCAUGCUCAGUUUCUGCUAAUGCAGAACUGCCUGUGCCUCAAGAGGGCUUUCUUUUGCCUCCUCUCAAAGCAAGCAAGUUAGAAAUUUCCAAGUACAGAGGCAUGGCACUAGCUCUGAGCCUUAAUUUCCCCAUCUGUAAUAUGAGCACAAUACUCACGAUCCACUGUAUUGAGGGACUGAAAGAUUACCAAGAUAAUGUACUGAAAUUAUUUAAAUAAACACACGAAGCAUUAUAUUUGCAAUGCUCGUUGGGAGACCAGAUUUCAAAUCCCCACUGAGCUAUGAACCCAUCAGGUGAAUUUGAGCCAGUCGCAAUCUCUUGGCUUAACGUACCUUGCAGGGUGGUUGGGAGGAUAACAUGGGGAUAGGGGAGCCUGUAUGCCAUCAUGCGCACCUUAGAGGAAAGGUGGGAUAGGAAUGUAGUAAAAUAACAACAACUAAGUAUUAUUUUGGUAGCAGAUUCAUUCUGAAAUUAGAUUUUGGAGGAUCUUUCACUGCACAUUUGAGAAGAGAUCUUAGCAAUUCAAUGAACUUAAAUUUCAGCAACAGUUACAAUAAGUGUGUGUUGCAGUGACACUGAUAAUGGAGCUCACUCUGCUGCCCUAAAUAUGUUCAGUAACAUAUUUAAAUUGCUGUCGCCCAAGGCAGACUACAAGGGGCUGGAAAAUACCUUCGAUUUCCUUCUCCACCAAAUUUGAUACUGAGUGACCUCCAAAAUGAGUUGGUGUAUGUUUGUAUGACAGUAGCAUCUCCACAGAAUUAUGUUCAAUUCUGUGUUUAAAAAGCAUGGUAAAAAAAUCAUGUUCACAAUCAGUCUUUGCAUAUAAAGUUAGCAAGUUAGUUCAGUAUCUCUAAAGAAGAUAACUGAAUAUUCUGCAGGCAUCUGCAUAUUGCAUGCCAAAACACCGUUUUAAUAAUGAUGCAACUAUGUCCUCUGUCCUCAGUGAAAGGGUCUGUUUCCCCAUUUUGUGACCUUGGGAUAAGUUUUUAUAUAAAUUUUAGAAGCUCUAUAAUGUAUUCUCAUAAAUUCUGAGAAUUCACCGUGCUUCUCUUGCUGGCACAGAAAGUUCUGUUUUAGUUAUUGUGGUGGGGGUAUUUCAUUCUGAAAAAAAGAUGUACUGCAUAUGUUUAGCAUUUUGGGUUGCUGUGGGCUAGAGGUUUGGCUAAUUCAGAAAGUGGAAGGCUAAGAAUUCUUGGCCCUUUCGUGGUUCAGCCUUCUCUCUAGAAAUAUGAAAUGAGAGUAGAAAAAAGUAAUUACCUUUUAUUGUUGUCUUCUUUUAAUUUUCUGACACCUCAAAAUGCAUUCCCGUCUGCAGCUAUUGGGGAUCAUGGAGAACAGGAAGCCGGAGGCAGAAAACUUUUAUCAUGCCUCAAGUACAAAUAUUUGGUUAGAGCUAGCCUGAUUAAAUGCUUCUAUUAUAAUUACCAUAUUUUUCGCUCUAUAUUGCCUUGCUGCAUUUUGUAUUUUCAAGAGACUGGGAGACUUCUAUUCAACCCUUUGGUUCUUGUGCUGUCCCACAAUGUUCCUUUUUAUCCCCUCCCCAUGUUUUUUAAUGUAUGAAAGCAGUUAAGACCCAGCACUGUCAUUAGAGGUCCAAAUGACUUCUGUGGCAUACAAUGUUUUUCAGCAGUCCAGCCACUUCCGAAUGGAGGGAGGCUGGCCCCAGUGAUCCAUGCUCUGAUAACUGUUGCCUGGAAUACUGCACAGUGCUAGUCCUUAAUCUUUGAAGCCCUAAAUGGCUCAGGGACUAUACCUAAAGGAGCUCCUACUCCCAUGUCAACAUGCCUGUUUUUUAAGAUCAUCCGCCAAGACUCUUUCCCUCCACAUAACUCUUCCAUCACUAGUACAAAGACAGCCUGCAAGGAAGAGGGCUUUCUCAGCAACGAGACCCAGGUUAUAGAAUGUCUUCUCCACUGUCAGCACUAAUACUGCUCUUAAUAUAACAGUGCCAGGCAGGACCAUUUUUACCCCCCCAUGGCAUUUUGAUAAAUGUGAAAAUUGUAGUUUGUGAGUGAGAGAGAGAUGUGUGUGUAUAUACCACACUAAAAUCUAGUGUGAUGGAGAGUGGUAUUUAAAAUGUUUUAAGCAAAUAAAUAACUAAACAUUGGUAUUUUGCAGCGCGGAUCCUCUGUCCAAUGUGUUGAUGACCUUUUCUACGAAAGAAGCUGCUAUAGCCUUCGCUGAAAAAAACGGUAUGUGCAGACCACACUCCAUGCAGUGCUUUGGUGGGACACUGCCUGCUUCUGCAUGGGAAAGAGGAACCCAUUGUUCUCCUGCCCACCAAGUGCUCUACCCAGUUGUGCUCCACAACUAUCCCUGGCAGGUUUCUCCAUAAUCAUCACCAUCAUAAUUUUUUAUUUGUAUGCCGCCGUUCCACAGUUAAAAAAACAAUGCUCAAGGUGGCUUAUAGCAUAACAAGAUUUACAUAAUUAUAAGUCAUAAACAAUAAAUAAACCACAUCAAAAAAAUACACAGCCAAAUGGGAAACAAUUUCCACAUAAAUCAAAAUCUAAAACUAAGAAUACAGCAUUAAUAUCACAGUUUAAAAUGACAUAGGUAAAAAAAUAACAGCAGUUUAAACAAAAAACAAAACAGAGCCCUAUCUGCCCAGCAGCGGCAGUAGUCCUUUAUAGAGCCCAUCAGAUCCCUCCCUGGGCCAGGUGGUGAGUGGCACCCAGCCUUGAAUGCUCAUGCCUGACUCAGGGAUUGCCUUGUUUCCUGACUUUUGCUGUCCUAAGCCACAUCUUCCCUAGUGAUUAAGAUUUCCUAUGACUGAGCAAGAGGCAGCAUUGCAUUAUUGUGCAACUUUGCUGACAUAACCAGAUGUUUUCAGAGUUGUCCAUUCUAGUCCCCCAUUCUACUGGAAGCAUGCGGAAUAAUAUAUUCCUUGUGUUUUGCUGCCUGACCUUCAGAGGUGAAGGAACACAGCUGAUUUUACAGACACCAUAAGGAUUAAUUCUUUGCUACUGCGAGAAAUUUGAAUUUGGAAAAAUAGAUUUAAAAAGAUGAGUCUGUAUGCAAAUGCAUAUUGUAAAGGACUGGCUUAAGCCCUGUGACUUAAAGCGCAAUAGUUUGAUGUGGUUCACAAGUCAGUGCGGGGCACACAUCCUUACAGUUUUGCAAACUGGGAAGCUGGCUUCCGAUACCGAGCCUGUCUAGUCAAGUUGCGUGGGAUCAAUUCCAAUCUGUUACCUCUGAGGAUGUGGACUGGCUGCUUGGACGAAUGAACCCAACCACCUGUCUCCUUGAUCCUUGCCCACCCCGGCUUAUAAAAGCUAGCCAGGAAGGGCUGGGCGAUGAGCUUCGCAGGGUGGUGAAUGCUUCUCUCCGUGAGGGAGCCUUCCCAGACCCGCUAAAAGAGGCGGUUAUCAAACCGCUUCUUAAAAACCCAUCUUCAGAUUAUUAUUAUUAUUAUUAUCUGGCUCUAUUUAUGUAAGGCUGAAAGUGUUCAACUAGCCGUCUUCCUAACGGAAAUAAAACACACUUCAGAUGUGUCAGUUUUCCCUAGCAUAGUCUGAGGGCUUUCUGAGGAGGACGACUUCUUGUAAGCAUUUGCAGCUCAAGUGUUGGCACAAAAAAUUAAACCCUUUUAUCUAUCUCAUUUCCUGCAAAUAUUUGACAAGAAACUUAGUACUCUACUUGCUAACGUGAAGAACCAAGAGUGUUGGCCUACAGCCCAGUGUAAUGCGGGCGAGGGACAAGGUUUCCCCUCUGCCGGUGCCAGGGCACCUUUAUCUUGGUCUACAAGUUUCACUAAUUCCACAACUAGGCCUCCUGAGCACAGAGAUUGGAGCUGCUUGGCAAGGAUGCCAAAUUAUGUGCUAGUUUAUAACACUCGGGGAAACAAGGGGCCAUUAAACUCAUUUUCACUCUCAAAUUCUAGAGUCAAAAGUUGAGCUUGUCUCUAGAGGGAUGAAGGCUAGUGUGCUAAACCCAAGCCUGUCUAAUAUCUCCCUUUUUAGCGUAUUGUUUUUUUUGCUUCAGGAUAAACUUUCCUUAAACGAAUCCCAGAAAAGAAUUAUGCUGAAGGUAUUUUUAACUUACACUGGAAGUUCAGCACCUUUUCUAUUUGUAGGGUUUUAUUUUUUGUGUGUGUGCACAGAGCAUUUUUGCUCAUCCCUGCUAAGUCACAAGAGGGCAAGUAGAAGCUCAUGCCUGCCUAUCUGGGAGAAGGAGGGCUCCCCUGGGAUCACGGCAUGACAGGACAUUAACUGGGCUAAGGGAUAAGAAGAAGCUGGUUUGUGCCACUUCAUUGAUUUUUCCCUUGGAGAAGUUGCGCCUAUAAAAUUGGGUGAUCUCUGGAAACAUGGCUAUUACCCCGGCCCAGUACAAAAGAGAUUCUGGGUGCAUAAAGGACAUUUGAAAUAGCAUAUACUGCCAUUCCUUUUCAUCCUUAUUUGGAGUGAACUAGAUGUGUGAAGCUGAACUGAGAGGAAGCAAUCCAAUCAGAUGACUUUUAUUGUGGGGUUUCCGUGAUGUGUGUGGUAUAUAGCGUGGUUAUUUGGGUAUGUUGUGUAUGCACCUCAUUGUCAUUUUAUGGCACACUUAACCUGGCCUGCAGGGGGUUGAUGGAUGGCAAGUAGAGAUUGUCCAUUAGUGUACAGGUGGAUCUGGUUUGGUGGAGAAUUAAAAUUAUAUUAUGAAGUGGAAUGUUUAAUUUGGGUAAGAGAUUGGAUUAGAUUGGAAAAAACUAAUAUAUUGGAUCUUGAAAGUUUUAAUAAUAGAUACGGAUGGCAUGCGUAUCUUAAUUACGAGAAAGUAAAAGUCAAUAAAGUCAUAUAUUAAGAGGUACAUUAUAUAAAGUUUGGAACAAAUAUAGAUUACAUGUGGAGCCACAGACACCUUGGUGGAUAUCACUGCUGGAGGCAUAUGCUAUGAGGACAAAUUGGCCAACAUAUAGACAAUUAUUGGAAGAGGAACAGGGGAAACUCAGAUUAAAAUCCUAUGAAGACAUACGGCAAUAUGAAGUUGACAGAUGGCAGUAUAUACAACUUAGAAGUAUAUUCAAUUCAGAUCAAAAGAAAGGAUUUGCAAAAGAGGAUUCAAAAUUUAACGUCACAGUGAUACAGAAUAACAAGAAAUUGUCCAAAACAUAUAAUCUUUUAUUGGACUGGGAAUUGAUGGAGGAAGAAGUGAAAGAAACGAUGAUUAAAUGGUCUCAGGAUCUCAGACAUACUAUCUAUCUAGAGCAAUGGGAGAAACUCUGGUGAGAGGAUAUACGAUUUACUGCCUCAUAUACAAUUAAAGAAAAUUUUGUAAAGAUGUUCUAUAGGUGGUACUUAAUGCCAGUUAAGUUGGCAAAGAUAUACAAAUUGAAAUCCAACCUCUGUUGGAGAUGUGGUGGAGCUUUGAGGAAAUUAAGAAAUUUUGGAUAGUAGUACAUGAAGAACUAAAGAUGAUGUUGAAAAUAUCAAUAACAAAGAAACCAGAGACAUAACUCCUUGGAUUGAUAGAUGAAGAGAUACCACGGUGGGGGGGAGGGAUAAUUUUUCUAUAUGCAAGUACAGCUGCUAGAAUAGUGAUUGCUGCUAGGUGGAAGUCACAAACUAUACCCACAAAGGUGGAAUGGAUUUGUAAACUAAAUGAAUAUUUAAUUUUGGCAAAAUUAACUGCUAUAAGAAGAAAUCAGUCGAAUCAAAAAUUAAAAAAGGAGUGGAAAUGUUUUGAUGAAUAUAUGGCAAAAUAUCGCUCAAAAAAAAGAUACGCUAAUAUGCCUAGAUUAAAAUGUGAAGUACUGGAUGGAAGAAAAAAUAGUAAGAAAAGAUGAUAAUAAUAAUAAUAUAUAGGUGAUUUGAGAAGAUUGCAGAAUGCAAAUAUUAUUGUAAAUUGUAUAAUGUGGAGGAAAUCGAGUGGGGGCAGAGGGAAGUGGGAGGAAGGAGAAAAUAUUAUGAUGGAUUGAGGAAAUAGAAAUGUAAAGGUAUGGGGGGAUGGGGAGGAAAUGGUGUUGGCCUUGGUACAUCUGUAUUGUAAUGCAGUAUGUGGGAACCAAUAAAAAAAAGAAAAAAGGGGGGGAGAUUUUGGAACACAGAAAUAAAGCAAAAGAGAGAGAGAGAGAGAGAGAGAAUGGGAUGGGGAUGGAAUGGAAUAAGCAGCUUUAUUUUGGAAGAUUCAGUUCUAGAGAAUACUUCUGGACUUUCCCCUCACUUAUUAUGUUACUCUUUCAGUGCUUAUUAUAAAUUCAGCUAAAGGUUUAUAUUGGGUGAAAUAUAGAAGAGCAGAAACAAUAAAAGCACAAUCUAAUCCUGCACUGAAAUCGCCUACCUGCAUCUGUCCCCUCUGCUUGGUUUCUUAAUAUGCUCCCUUUCCCCCCUGCCUUUCCUGAAAAUGGGGUAUUGGUAUUAUGCUCGUAGGAGGGCUUGAUGUACCUUAGGGAACAUAGGAAGCUACACGGACUGCCAGUGGCUCUCCAGGGUUUCAGACAGGAUAGCCUUCCUGCCAUGCCUGGAGACACCUGGGACCUCUUUGCACGUGAAGCAUGUGCUUUGCCACUGAGCUAUGGCUCCACAUGGGGCAUAUUUAGGUGACUGUCAGGAUCGCCUGCCAAAUACUUUUUCUAAAGGAAGCAAAUUAGCUCAGCCUUACAAACUUGGUCACGACAAAUUUUCUGUAUCUUUUGUAGAAUAUAACUAGACUUUAAGUGUUUGCUAUUGGUAUCCUGUAGAGUUGUCUUCUUGAACAGAAAACCAACCUUCAUGGCUUAUUGCAAACUGCUUCUGAAAUAUUCAGCUCCACCUCAGAAACAUAAGUCCAAAACACACACUUGGGCACAAAAAAAAGCAUAUGCAGAAUUCCUUUGGCCCGGGUUUAUAUGCAUAAGAUGUAUAUAAGAAUGAAAGAAGCAUCCCUCCCUUCUGCUCCCUGGUAGCCUUUAGAACCUGCUCACUGACAGAGGUUGGCCGUGUUACACUUUUGCUGAGUAUCUGAAUAGUCUGUUAUCAAGAUUGCCUGCCCUUCAUUUAACCCUAUCUAUCAGCAAGAGACUCCCCAUCUCUUUUCUGUGGUCAGCAGUUCCACCCCUGUAUUACCAUCAUAUGCAAUUCCAUGUGCUGAAUCUGAUGGGUGCAACUGGGCUAAGGUUUACAGGGAGAGAAAACCCCUGUAAGAGAUUAGUGUCCUUUGAUUUCAUCCGAAUUUUUUUUUUUAAGCAGUGGGAGAGUUGGCAGUGUCUGUGGUCUGCAGAGCAGCUGAUUCUGAUUAGAAGGCCGCUUAAUAAAUUCUCCCAAGCUCACCUCCUUGUCCUUCUGGCUUCCUUGUGGCAUUGUGGUACCCUGUUACCAUGUAUAUUUUCAAAGCUUGGCCCGACAUCAGAAAGAGAGGUGUAGAUGCAUGAGAUUACAGGACUUCAUGUGUCAACUGUUGGUGCUGGUCUAUCAGCAGGAGCGGUGAAAGUUGGAACACACAGUGCCUGAGAUCUGACAAACCUGAGAACAGGUGGAGGUCACAUUUAAGGCAUAUCUGUCUUAAAGGAUUAUUGUUCUCUGCCUUUUACAAAAGAAUAAGCUAGUAAUUACAUAUAGUAUAUCAAAUAUGUUGGUUAUUUCUUUUUUGUUAGCUCUUAAAAGCUUGACGUUGCAAUUGUUUGUGUUGCACUUGCUCUGUUAUUGGGUGCAUGUGUGUUGUUUAGAAUUCUCUACAUGUUUUUUCCUAGGCUGGAGCUAUGAUGUUCAAGAGCAGAGGAUUCCAAAACCUAAAUCCAAGUCUUAUGGUGCAAACUUUUCUUGGAACAAAAGAACAAGGGUGUCCACAAAAUAGGUUGGCAUUGGCUGUCUCUGCGUCUGACUGUGAAUAAAGUCAGCUGUGCUGUAUUUAUAGUCCAUGUAUAAUACAUCUCUUAAUCUCCUAAUAAAUUUGACCUUUAAACUA